AUGUACUUCAUCCCUCUGAUAAUCAUCGGCUCCUUCUUCGUGUUGAACCUGGUAUUGGGAGUGCUCUCAGGGUGAGUCGACGUUACAGCAUCUCAUUGUGCUGGGGUGGCUGACAGCUUUAAUACACACUGUCACUGUCUGCACAAGUUAAUUAGUUUUAUACAAAAGGUUAACGCACAAUCUACUCUAAUUAACUGCUUGUAAAGGAGACAAGGAUUGAGUCGUCCCCCCCCACUUCUCUCCCUGGUGUCUGAAUGAUGAGGGAGGUCAGGUCAGCGCUGAACAACAGGUCUAAGAACAGUCAUUAUCUCCUGUUGUUGUUGGCUUGCAGGGAGUUUGCCAAGGAGAGGGAGCGGGUGGAGAACCGCAGGGCGUUCAUGAAGCUGCGGAGGCAACAGCAGAUUGAGAGGGAACUCAAUGGCUACCGGGCCUGGAUCGACAGAGCAGGUACUGAAACCACUAUAGACUCAAUACACAUCACGCUUUUGAAAAGUUACCUCAGAAACACAAUGUCCUUGAUAUUUAAGUUUCUACUGUAUGAAUCAGACUUCAUUGUUGGGUCUGCUUUGCAGAGGAGGUGAUGCUUGCAGAGGAUAAUAAGAAUUCAGGACCAUCAGCUCUUGAUGGUAAGUCUGGAAAGAUGGCCCAAUGGUUAUAUUGUCUUUACACCACUACAUAGUUUACAAUUAAUCUGUCUGUACUGGAUUUAUGGGAUUCUAUUUUACACCCAUGAAUAUCUGAAUAGAUUCAUUAUCAUCUGCUUGUCCUCUAAAACUGUCAACCACACGCUGUAAACAUAACUAUAACAUAGGCCUACAUUGAAACAUAUAAUUCGUAGAAAACAUGUCAUUUUGUAUGAAUUGUUAAUUUAUUAAUGUCAUAGUACCCUAUGCACUGUGCAUGAUGCAUAGAUAACAUUGUAUUACGUAGGUAAGUGCUAGGGAGAAAGAAAAGGUGUUGUUGAUUCUCAGUCAAUUUCAGUCUCUCCUGAAGUAUUAAAUGUAUACAUUUUGUCUCAUUGAGUGUUGGAACGUACAGUACUAUCUGUUUGGUUGACUGUGACAGUAAUUUACUUUCUCAAAAAUAGUGUUUUGAGAAGUUUUGUCUCCCAAGACUUUAAACGUGUAUGUUAUCCUGUAUGUAUACAGUGCAUUCAGAAAUUGUUCAGACCCCUUGACUUUUUCCACAUUUUGUUACGUUACAGCCUUAUUCUAAAAUGGAUUAAAUUGUUUUUUCCCCUCAUCAAUCUACGCACAAUACCUCAUAAUGACAAAGCAAAAACAGGUUUUUCAUUUUUUUGCAUAUCUAUUAAAAAACCCUGGAAAUAUCACAUUUACAAAAGUAUUCAGACGUUUUACUCAGUACUUUGUUGAAGCACCUUUGGCAGCGAUUACAGCCUUGAGUCUUCGUGGGUAUGACGCUACAAGCUUGGCACACCUGUAUUUGGGGAGUUUCUCCCAUUCUUCUCUGCAGAUCCUCUCAAGCUCUGUCAGGUUGGAUGGGGAGUGUCGCUGCACAGCUAUUUUCAGGUCUCUCCAGAGAUGUUAGAUCGGGUUCAAGUCCGGGCUCUGGCUGGGCCACUCAAGGACAUUCAGAGACUUAUCCCGAAGCCACUCCUGCAUUGCCUUGGCUGUGUGCUUAGGGUCGUUGUCCUGUUGGAAGUUGAACCUUCACCCCAGUCUGAGGUCCUGAGCUCUCUGGAGCAGGUUGCCAUCAAGGAUCUCUCUUUACUUUGCUCCGUUCAUCUUUCCCUCGAUCCUGACUAGUCUCCCAGUCCCUGCCGCUGAAAAACAUCCCCACAGCAUGAUGCUGCCACCACCAUGCUUCACCGUAGGGAUGGCGCCAGGUUUACUCCAGACGUGACUCUUGGCAUUCAGGCCAAAGAGUUCAAUCUUGGUUUCAUCAGACCAGAGAAUCUUGUCUUUAGGUGCCUUUUGGGAAACUCCAAGCGGGCUGUCAUGUGCCUUCUACUGAGGAGUGGCUUCCGUCUGACCACUCUAGCAUAAAGGACUGAUUGGUGGAGUGCUGCAGAGAUGGUCCUUCUGGAAGGUGCUCCCAUCUCCACAGAGGAACUCUGGAGCUCUGUCAGAGUGACCAUCGGGUUCUUGGUCACCUCCCUGACCAAGGCACUUCUCCCCCGAUUGCUCAGUUUGCCCGGGCGGCCAUCUCUAGGAAGAGUCUUGGUGGUUCCAAACUUCUUCCAUUUAAGAAUGAUCGAGGCCACUGUGUUCUUGGGGACCUUCAAUGAUGCAUAAAUGUUUUGGUACCCUUCCCCAGGUCUGUGCCUCGACACAAUCCUGUCUCGGAGCUCUACGGACAAUUCCUUCGACCUCAUGGCUUGGUUUUUGCUCUGACAUACUCUGUCAACUGUGGGACCUUAUAUAGACAGUUGUGUGCCUUUCCAAAUCAUGUCCAAUCAAUUGAAUUUACCACAGGUGGACUCCAAUCAAGUUGUGAAAGCAUCUCAAGGAUUAUCAAUGGAAACAGGAUGCACCUGAGCUCAAUUUCGAGUCUCAUAGCAAAGGAUCUGAAUACUUAUGUAAAUAAGGUAUUUCAGUUUUUUGUUUUUAUACAUUUGCAAACAUUUCUAAAAACCUGUAUUCGCUUAGUCAUAUUGGGGUAUUGUGUGUAGAUUGAUGAUCAAUUUUAGAAUACUUUUUUUUUGGAAGAAGUCAAGGGGUCUGAAUACUUUCCGAAUGCACUGUAUGUCUCUGGGCUUGUGUAUAAUCAUGAUAUGUACUGUAUGUAUACCAAAUACAUAUUUAGAAGCACAUUUUAGCUAUACCUAAAAUACCGUUGUUGUUGCUUCUGGUGUGGUGCACUUCAAAAACAACUUUGGUUAGGACUAUUGAGGACUGUGCAUGCUGUACCCCCAAAAGCAAUCAUCUUAACCUACCAGACAUAUCAGACACACACUUACACAAAGUUAUGACCAUAUCAAGUGAAGCAUGAUUUUUCCCCCCCCAACAAACAAAUCGUUUUUAUUAAAUGUUGAUUGACAGCUCCCACGAGGCUGUCUGAAUGGAAUACAAGCGGUAACCAUGGUGAGGAACAAUUUAUAUUCUACACUUCCUUGCCACCUUUUGUUCCUUUGCAACAACUGAGUCUGACAUGAACGCUAAAAUAGACCCAGCUAUUGUUCCACAAACCCACUUACAAAUAAACCACGAGCCAUUCUGACCUCCAAAAAUAAAAUUUGCCACCAGAGAACAAAAAGUAGCUGUAAAUGCAGAAGAUGCAAUAGCUUUGAUUAAGGAGUGCGCCGAUGUUGCCUUAGCAACUGAAAUGAAAUGACCGGGUGCAGCCAGUGUGUGCCUCGUGCAAACACUCCUAUUGGUUCAGUGGCUUAUUAAAAGGGGGAAAGUCUAGGUAAAUAUGAAUAAAUCAAUUAGAUUUGUACCAAAAGGUGGUGAGGGUGUAGGAGAAUUGGAUGGAGGAACAGCUCAACUCACCCUGAUAAUUCAUUGUAUUUUCCGCUUCAGGGACAUAUAGAAUUAGAUGUGUGCCUCAAAACCGCUCUUUAGAAUGAUAUGGCUAAAAUUAGACAUUGCACCAGUGAUCUCCAUAUAAACUUACUGUGAGCAUGGGCUAUAGCCGAGAGAAUAGAACCAACAACAACAACAAUUAGUUGUAGUUUAGUCGGGUUCAUCAUUCUGCAUAUUUUAUUAACAUCAUGUUGCUGUAAUCUCUUACCCAUGUGUACUAAAGGCAUCUGUUUGUGCUCUUGUUUUACAAUACCCAAAGCACCGAACACAGUGGCAUGCAAAUGCAUUUGUUAUUUUCACUAUUCUCUUCUCACCUCAUUAGUAAUGCCGUCAUGAUCUUGUAUAUCUACUUGUGUGUGUCCUGACGCAUUCUCUGUGCUGGAGUGUCAUAAAUGUUGUGUUUUGUGUGGGCUUUCUGCGGGCUGACAUUGUGAAACCUUUGGCUGCAGUGCUGAAGAGGGCCACAAUCAAGAGGAGAGGACUGGACCAGCAGUAUGGUGACAUCUCUUCUGUGGGUGAGUGUGUGUGUGUGUGUGUAUGUACAUAGGCAAUGAAAAGAUCAAUGGUUCGUAGCUAACACCCUGAAUGGUUGAAUGAUCUGCCAGCAGGCACCCCCUCCAUAUUAGACUCUGUCAGUACAGAGGAGGAGAUUGUCAUUGGCGUAUUGGGAAUAAACUGGAAAUGGCAGCUCAUUAUUUCCAGACAUCAUUACAUGUUACAGUCAGGGGCUAAGCUAAAUAGAUGAGAAGGACUCUCCCCUCUAGGCAUCCCGAUGGCCAGAGCCAGCAUCAGAAGUGCUAAAAGAGGACCCAUGGCUUAUUUGAAGCGUAAGGAGCGUCUGCUGCGUAUCUCUAUCCGCCGCAUGGUGAAGACACACAUCUUCUACUGGACCGUACUGGGCCUGGUGGCCCUCAACACACUCUGUGUUGCCAUCGUCCAUCACAACCAGCCCCACUGGCUGUCUGUGUUCCUCUGUAAGUCACACACACACACACACAUACACGGGUACGUACCAUCAUCUCCAUCCAAAAUAAAUCAAGUGGGGUGACGUUAAUCUUUGCAAUGUUUGUUUCCUACUAUGUUUAUGAGGGUUGUUGUUGUUCGUAUUUCAGACUAUGCAGAGUUCCUCUUCCUGGGUCUGUUUCUCACUGAGAUGUGUUUAAAGAUGUACAGCCUGGGACCCAGACUCUACUUCCACUCCGCCUUCAAUCGCUUCGACUGCGGAGUGAGUGCUUUUAUUUUUAUCCUUCGUCCCUAACCAACAUGGAGAGACCAUGCCAGAGGGAAAGACAGGGAAAUAGAUUGUAACAUUGCCCCCAUUAUGAGGGAGUGAGAGGAAAUGCUUUACUUACAACAAUGGGUGGUGACUUAAAGACUUUUGAAUGAAAUUAACACUGAUGGGCAUAAUUUAGUUAAUGAAGUGCAGUAAAUGUAUCUGCUCUGUUUCUGUCACCUCUGGUAAUGGCUAGAUGGGAUACAGCUUUUGUCAAAGGGAUGACAAAAGUUGCAUGUUCGUUUCGCAUCGGGAGAUUUUUUGAAUUUGAACUAACCCUAACCCUUUUCCUAACCUUAACCUAAUUCUCCUAACCUGCUGUGUAAGUUCUCCUAACAUGCUACGAAAAGUCAAUUCUGACAUAAACUGUAUAGAAUCUAUAUAAAACCGUCACCUCUGCACUCAUGUGCGAACAGACAUCCUUCAUCUUUGUCUCUCUGUGCACUGUAUGUUGAAGGCUGCUGUUGUUGUGCUGUUUCCGCUGUCAGUAAUGUUGUUACUGGGUCUGUUAACAGGUGAUAGUGGGCAGCAUCUUUGAGGUGAUGUGGGGAUUCUUCAGGCCUGGAAUGUCCUUUGGCAUCAGUGUGCUGCGUGCUCUCCGUCUGCUGAGGAUAUUCAAGAUCACCAAGUUAGUCCAAGGCCUCCUCACUACUCCUGCUUAUUGGUUUAUAACAUUAUUCCUGCAGUAUGCAAUGAGGCAAUGCAUUGCAAGCAGCAGGUUGGCAUUUAUUGUCAUGAAUCUUGCCCUGGAGGCAGCUCUGCAGAAGGGUCAGUAGCUGGCACAGCCACAAAGUCAUAAAAUCUGAUUUUAAACCUAACCCUAACUCUAACCUUAACCACACUGCUAACCCUAAUGCCUAACCUAACAUUAAAUGAAGACCAAAAAAAGCUAACCUUUGUUUUAAGGAGUCUUUACAAUAAUAGCCAAUUUUGACAUUGCGGCUGGCCCACCUAGCGGAAAUCCCUCAGUUCUGCCUCCAGGGCAAGAUUCAUGACAAUAAACGUCAACCUGCUAGCAAGCUGUCACGGUGUCAGUGUAUGCGGUAGACUGAAGUCAGGCGCAGGACACAGAACUCAAGGAAAAAACGUAUCUUUACUAAAUCACGUAAAGAAACAAGAAGCCUCCACGCAGGGAGGAAUAAACCCGCUCACCAACGACAUCCGAGAACAAACAACAAACACGCACAGAACACAAUGGGAGCCACAGGGUUAAAUAGGGGCGGAGUAAUCACAAGAUGGGCAACAGGUGUGAAACAAUCUGACACAACAGGUAGAACAUAGAAACAUAGAACAUAGAUCGGCAGCAGCUAGUACUCCGGUGACGACGAACGCCGAAACCUGCCCGAGCAAGGAGGAGGGGCAGCCUCGGCAGAAUCCGUGACAGUACCCCCCCCCCCCUGACGCGCGGCUCCAGCCGUGCGUCGACACCGGCCUCGGGGACGGCCAGGAGGACGCGGCACGGAGCGAGUGGGAUGAUUGCGGUGGUAAUCCCUCAACAUGGAUGGAUCAAGGAUAUCCCUCCUAGGAACCCAGCACCGUUCCUCCGGACCGUACCCCUCCCACUCCACGAGAUACUGCAGGCCCCCCACCUGACGCCUCGAAUCCAAAAUGGACCGAACCGAGUACGCCGGUGCCCCCUCGAUGUCCAGCGGGGGCGGAGGAACCUCCCGUAUCUCAUUCUCCUGGAGUGGACCAGCUACCACCGGCCUGAGGAGAGACACAUGGAACGAGGGGUUAAUACGAUAAUUAGUAGGAAGUUGUAACCUAUAACAUACCUCGUUCAAUCUCCUCAGGACUUUGAAUGGCCCCACAAACCGCCGACCCAGUUUCCGGCAGGGCAUGCGAAGGGGCAGGUUUCGGGUCGAGAGCCAGACCCGGUCCCCCGGUGCAUACACCGGGGCCUCACUGCGGUGGCGGUCGGCGCUCGCCUUUUGCCGCCUGAUGGCCCGCUGCAGACGUACAUGGGCAGCGUUCCAGGUCUCCUGCGAGCGCCGAAACCAAAUCAAAUCAAAUCAAAUUUUAUUGGUCACAUGCGCCGAAUACAACAGGUGCAGACAUUACAGUGAAAUGCUUACUUACAGCCCUUAACCAACAGUGCAUUUAUUUUAAACAAAUAAAAUAAAAAUAAAACAACAACAAAAAAAAAAGUGUUGAGAAAAAAAAGAGCAGAAGUAAAAUAAAGUGACAGUAGGGAGGCUAUAUAUACAGGGGGGUACCGUUGCAGAGUCAAUGUGCGGGGGCACCGGCUAGUUGAGGUAGUUGAGGUAAUAUGUACAUGUGGGUAGAGUUAAAGUGACUAUGCAUAAAUACUUAACAGAGUAGCAGCAGCGUAAAAAGGAUGGGGUGGGGGGGCAGUGCAAAUAGUCCGGGUAGCCAUGAUUAGCUGUUCAGGAGUCUUAUGGCUUGGGGGUAGAAGCUGUUGAGAAGUCUUUUGGACCUAGACUUGGCACUCCGGUACCGCUUGCCGUGCGAUAGCAGAGAGAACAGUCUAUGACUAGGGUGGCUGGAGUCUUUGACAAUUUUGAGGGCCUUCCUCUGACACCGCCUGGUAUAGAGGUCCUAUACGCUCGUCGGAUGUGGCAGGGCUUGAAAACUAUUACAGACUACAAAGGGAAGCACAGCCGCGAGCUGCCCAGUGAUACAAGCCUACCAGAUGAGCUAAACCACUUCUAUGCUCGCUUCGAGGCAAGCAACACUGAAGCAUGCAUGAGAGCACCAGCUGUUCCGGAUGACUAUGUGAUCACGCUCUCCGUAGCCGAUGUGAGUAAGACAUUUAAGCAGGUCAACAUUCACAAGGCCGCAGGGCCAGACGGAUUACCAGGACGUGUACUCCGAGCAUGUGCUGUCCAACUGGCAAGUGUCUUCACUGACAUUUUCAACAUGUCCCUGACUGAGUCUGUAAUACCAACAUGUUUCAAGCAGACCACCAUAGUCCCAGUGCCCAAGGACUCUAAGAUAACCUGCCUAAAUGACUACCGACCCGUAGCUCUGACGUCUGUAGCCAUGAAGUGCUUUGAAAGGCUGGUCAUGGCUCACAUCAACAGCAUUAUCCCAGAAACCCUAGACCCACUCCAAUUUGCAUACUGCCCCAACAGAUCCACAGAUGAUGCAAUCUCUAUUGCACUCCACACUGCCCUUUCCCACCUGGACAAGAGGAACACCUACGUGAGAAUGCUAUUCAUUGACUACAGCUCAGCAUUCAACACCAUAGUGCCCUCUAAGCUCAUCACUAAGCUAAGGAUCCUGGGACAAAACACCUCCCUCUGCAACUGGAUCCUGGACUUCCUGACGGGCCGCUCCCAGGUGGUAAGGGUAGGUAACAACACAUCUGCCACACUGAUCCUCAGCACGGGGGCCCCUCAGGGGUGCGUGCUCAGUCCCCUCCUGUACUCUCUGUUCACCCAUGACUGCAUGGCCAGGCACGACUCCAACACCAUCAUUAAGUUUGCCGACGACACAACAGUGGUAGGCCUGAUCACCGACAACGAUGAGACAGCCUAUAGGGAGGAGGUCAGAGAUCUGGCCGUGUGGUGCCAGGACAACAACCUCUCCCUCAACGUGACCAAGACAAAGGAGAUGAUUGUGGACUACAGGAAAAAAAAGAGGACUGAGCACGCCCCCAUUCUCAUCGACGGGGCUGUAGUGGAACAGGUUGAGAGCUUCAAGUUCCUUGGUGUCCACAUCACCAACGAACUAUCAUGGUCCAAACACACCAAGACAGUCGUGAAGAGGGCACGACAAAGUCUAUUCCCCCUCAGGAGACUAAAAAGAUUUGGCAUGGGUCCUCAGAUCCUCAAAAAAUUCUACAGCUGCACCAUCGAGAGCAUCCUGACUGGUUGCAUCACCGCCUGGUAUGGCAACUGCUUGGCCUCCGACCGCAAGGCACUACAGAGGGUAGUGCGUACGGCCCAGUACAUCACUGGGGCAAAGCUUCCUACCACUCGUCCACCGCAGGUGCCUCGAUCUGGCUCUGAUGCCAAGGUGCCAGGACCGGCUGAUAACCUAAUACACAUUGGAACGGAGACAGGUUAGUAGAGGAGUGGCGGAUGGAGUUCUGGGCUAUCUCUGCCCAGGGGAGGUAAACCGACCACUCCCCCCGCUGGUCCUGGCAAUACGACCUCAGAAACCUACCCACCUCCUGGUUGACUCUCUCCACCUGCCCGUUACUCUCGGGGUGAAAUCCUGAGGUCAGACUGACCGAGACUCCCAGACGUUCCAUGAACGCCCUCCAAACCCUAGAGGUGAACUGGGAACCCCGAUCAGACACUAUAUCCUCAGGUACCCCGUUAGUGCCGGAAGACGUGUGUAAAUAGGGCCUCAGCUGUCUGUAGGGCCGUAGGGAGACCGGGCAGCGGAAUGAGGUGGCAGGACUUAGAAAACCGAUCCACAACGACCAGGAUCGGGGUGUUCCCUUGUGAGGGGGGAAGAUCCGUCACGAAGUCCACCGAUAGGUGGGACCAUGGUCGUUGUGGAACGGGUAGAGGUUGCAAUUUCCCUCUGGGCAGGUGUCUAGGAGCCUUACACUGGGCGCACACCGAGCAGGAGGAAACAUAAACCCUCACGUCCUUAGCUAAGGUGGGCCACCAGUACUUCUCACUAAGACAGUGCACUGUCCGACCGAUACCAGGAUGACCAGAGGAGGGUGACGUGUGAGCCCAAUAGAUCAACCGAUCGCGAACAUCAAGCGGUACGUACACACGACCCUCUGGACACUGAGGAUGAGUGGGUUCGUUGCGCAAUGCCCGCUCGAUCUCCGCGUCAACCUCCCACACCACCGGUGCCACCAGACUCCCCUCUGUGUCAUACAGUCGGGACAGAGCAUCUGCCUUAGCGUUCUGGGAACCUGGCCUGUAAGAAAGGGUGAAAACAAAACGGGUGAGAAACAUGGACCACCUUGCCUGGCGAGGGUUUAACCUCCUCGCUGCCUGGAUGUACUCCAGAUUGCGGUGGUCAGUCAAAAUGAGAAAAGGGUGUUUAGCCCCCUCAAGCCAAUGUCUCCACGCUUUCAGAGCUUCGACCACAGCCAACAGCUCCCAGUCCCCCACAUCAUAGUUGUGCUCCGCCGGGCUGAGCUUCUUCGAAAAGAAGGCACAGGGGCGGAGUUUAGGUGGCAUACCCGAGCGCUGAGACAGUACAGCGCCUAUUCCAGCCUCGGACGCAUCCACCUCAACCGUGAAGGCUAAAGAGGGGUCCGGAUGAGCCAGCACUGGAGCCGAGGUAAACAGGUCUUUCAGAUGACUAAAAGCCCUGUCCGCCUCCGCUGACCACCGCAGACGCACCGGCCCCCACUUCAGUAACGAGGUAAUGGGAGCUGCUACCUGACCAAAGCCCCGGAUAAAUCUCCGGUAGUAAUUAGCAAAACCCAAAAAUCGCUGCACCUCCUUUACCGUGGUUGGAGUCGCCCAAUUACGCACGGCCGAAAUGCGGUCACUCUCCAUCCUCACCCCUGACGCGGACAUAUGGUACCCCAAGAAAGAGAUGGACUCCUGGAAGAACAGGCAUUUCUCUGCCUUAGCAUACAGGUCAUGCUCCAACAGUCUUCCAAGCACCUUACGCACCAGGGACACAUGCUCGGCCCGUGUAGCGGAGUAUAUAAGGAUGUCAUCAAUAUACACCACUACCCCUUGUCCGUGCAGGUUCCUGAAAAUCUCAUCCACAAAUGAUUGGAAAACUGAGGGAGCAUUCAUUAACCCGUAUGGCAUGACCAGAUACUCAAAAUGUCCAGAGGUGGUACUAAAUGCCGUCUUCCACUCAUCUCCCUCACGGAUAUGCACUAGGUUGUACGCGCUCCUGAGAUCCAAUUUAGAGAAAAAGCGUGCCCCGUGCAAUGAUUCCGUCAUACUAGCUAUCAGAGGUAAUGGAUAGCGGUACUUGAUGGUAAUCUGAUUUAGGCCACGGUAAUCAAUGCACGGGCGUAACCCACCAUCUUUCUUCUUCACAAAAAAGAAACUCGAGGAAACGGGUGAAGUGGAUGGCCGAAUGUAUCCCUGCCUCAGAGAUUCGGUGACAUAUGUCUCCAUAGCCGCCUUCUCCUCCUGAGACAAAGGAUACACGUGACUCCGGGGAAGUGCAGCUCCUACCUGGAGAUUUAUCGCACAAUCCCCCGGACGAUGGGGUGGUAAUUUAGUCGCCCUCUUUUUACUGAAGACGAUAGCCAAAUCGGCAUACUCGGAUGGAAUGUGCAUGGUGGAAACCUGGUUUGGACUUUCCACCGAAGUUGCCCCCAAGGAAACUCCUAAACACCUCCCUGAACACUGACUGGACCAUCCCUUGAGAGCCCUCUGUUGCCAUGAAAUCGUGGGGUCAUGAAUGGCUAACCAGGGAAGUCCCAACACCACAGGAUGCGCAGGAGAAUCAAUCAGAUAGAGGCUAAUCCUCUCCUCAUGACCCCCCUGCGUCAUCAUUAGCAGUGGAGCGGUGACCUCCCUGAUUAUGCCCGACCCUAACGGGCGACUAUCUAAUGCGUGAACAGGGAAAGGUUUAUCAACAGACACUGUGGGAAUCCCUAGGCUACGUGCAUACUGGCGAUCAAUAAAAUUCCCAGCCGCGCCUGAAUCUACUAGCGCCUUAUGCUGGGAAUGGGGAGAAAAUUCUGGAAGCAUAAUGUCGAUACACAUAUUAGCAACAGGGAACUCUGAGUUAGUCAGGUGCCUACUCACCUGAGACGGUCGACCAGUGCUCUGCCUGCUGCCUCGACCUCCUGAGAACCCUCCCCUGCACCGAUCAGCAGUGUGUCCUCUGCGGCCACACUUGGUGCAGGGGACAGUCUCUCUCCCAGUCUCCCUACCUGCAGCACCUCCGAGCUCCAUGGGGGUAUGCUCGGAGGUGCUGGGGGAUGGAAUGGACAGACCCCCAUCAGAACGUCCGCGGGCUGCCAACAGGUUAUCCAACCUGAUGGACAUGUCCACCAGUUGGUCCAGGUUGAAAUUGGUGUCCCUGCAGGCCAGUUCCCGACGGACGUCCUCCCCUAAGCUACAACGAUAGUGGUCGAUAAGGGCCCGCUCAUUCCAUCCUGCGCUGGCUGCUAAAGUCUUAAACUGCAGCGCAAAAUCCUGCGCGCUCCUCAUCUCCUGUCGUAGGUGGACCAGACGUUCUCCCGCCGCUCUCCCCUCAGGUGGAUGAUCGAAUACCGCCCGGAAGCGGCGGGUGAAAUCCUCGUAGCGGACAGUUCUCGAGUCUAUAUUUCCCCACUCUGCGUUUGCCCACUCAAGCGCCUUCCCCAAUAGACAGGAGAUGAGGGCGGACACGCUCUCGUAUCCCGAGGGCGCCGGGUGAAUGGUGGCCAGGUAGAGCUCUACCUGGAGGAGAAAUCCCUGGCACCUGGCAGGUGUAACGUCAUAUGUCCUCGGGAGCGAGAGCCGAAUUCCCCUGGACCCAGGUGGCGAAGUGGUAGCCAGUGUAGCAGGUGGUGGUGUGGUUGGACAUGGUGAAGGGAUACCACCUCUCUCAAUUCGCUCCAUCAUCUGGAACACUUGUUCCAUCGUAGCACAGAGAUUCUGGAGUAUCGUCCCUUGACGUUGGACUCGUUCCUCCAUCGUCUCGGUAGAUCCAGUCGUUCCUGCUGACUCCAUAGAGGUGCGUGUUUCUGUCACGGUGUCAGUGUAUGCGGUAGACUGAAGUCAGGAGCAGGACACAGAACUCAAGGAAAAAAUGUAUCUUUACUAAAUCACGUAAAGAAACAAGAAGCCUCCACGCAGGGAGGAAUAAACCCGCUCACCAACGACAUCCGAGAACAAACAACAAACACGCACAGAACACAAUGGGAGCCACAGGGUUAAAUAGGGGCGGAGUAAUCACAAGAUGGGCAACAGGUGUGAAACAAUCUGACACAACAGGUAGAACAUAGAAACAUAGAACAUAGAUCGGCAGCAGCUAGUACUCCGGUGACGACGAACGCCGAAACCUGCCCGAGCAAGGAGGAGGGGCAGCCUCGGCAGAAUCCGUGACACAAGCACUGGCCCUUAAGUAUCAAUGUCCUAGAUUAUGAGGUUGCUGGGUGUUACGUCAGUGUGAUGUUGGUAGCCUCCUGCUAGGGAUAAGAUAUGUUCAUUGCAAGGCUGGCGACAAAUCAAUUGAAACCCUCACAAUAACAAAAUUGAUACAUUUUUAAUUAAUUGAUUGUCUCUUAUUUUGGCUGAAUUCAAAUGGUACUAAUCCCGCCUCUGGUUGUUUGUGAUUGAAAGGUACUGGGCGUCACUGAGGAACCUGGUGGUAUCCCUGAUGAAUUCUAUGAAGUCCAUCAUCAGCCUCAUUUUCCUCCUCUUCCUCUUCAUCCUGGUCUUUGCUCUGCUGGGCAUGCAGCUCUUUGGUGGCAGGUACUGUACCGUAGAGACAAGGACAAACUACCAUUGCAUGUCUAUCAGGUCAAGUCUAAUCGCAACCUAUGAUGGAUACUGGCAGUCGAUGUAAUCAAAGUGGAUGUAUUACAACUGAUUGUUUGGUUUGUGUCAUCAUGCCGUCAUACUUCUUGUGAUAAAUUAGAUUUUACAGUGUACAUUUUCAUCCACUGUUGCACAUUUCGAAACACCCUGACAGGGCUCAGUCUUGCCCUAGCAGAUUCUGUCACACAUCUAGUCUUAGCUGUUGUGCAGCUAUGUUCCUACGGGUAAAGGACUGUUUCUGGGAAACUGUCACUUCAAUGAAUGCAGUGCAUAGAGACGGAUAUUGCCUGGCCACUGGAAUAGAGAAAAGAAAACAGACCUUGGAAAAAGUCACACUUCUAUUAUCCAGAAAAGUUUUCUCUCUCUGGGAAGAAAAAAUAAUUUAAAAUCCUGGCUCAACUCGAUGUCCUCUCUGUCUUCCUUUUUCAAUGCAGGUUCAUCUUUGAAGACUACACUCCUACAAACUUUGAUACUUUUCCUGCAGCCAUUAUGACUGUAUUUCAGGUCUGGCCCAACUCAAUUGUUUUGAUUGAGUAAAGUAUUGUGUUUUUGAUUUAGGAAGCGAUCCGUACGAUUGACAGGAAUCAAAGCUUUGCAUGUGGAAAUCUUACAUUGCACCUUGGAUUGUCAUGAACCUACAGAUUAUCUACAUAUAUCUCCUGUCUGAAUGCUGGGGUGUGUGGUAUGCCUUAUCUAGAUCCUGACAGGAGAAGACUGGAAUGAGGUGAUGUACAAUGGGAUCCGCUCCCAGGGAGGAGUGAAGUCAGGAAUGUGGUCCUCCAUAUACUUCAUUGUGCUCACACUCUUUGGUAACUGUAUCCUUUCUCAGACAGAAAAUAACUUUCCGGACUGUAGAUGUGAGAUGUCUGAUGUGUGGAUUCUGUAGAUUAAGGUCCUUGACAUGACUGUGACCAGACACACUGUUGAAUGUUUUCUUGGCCAUCGCUGUGGACAAUCUGGCCAAUGCCCAGGAACUAACCAAGGUGAAAUCUCCUUUCAAGAAUGUACUAGUCUUCUCAUAACUGAAGAUGAUAGCUGCUCUCAACAGCAUCUGUGAUUUUUUAAAAUUCUGUUCUAUGCAAUCUUAUAUCUAGGUUGAAGAGGACGAAGAAGCUGCUUUCAAUCAGAAACAUGCGCUCCAGAAAGCAAAGGAAGUAGGGGCCAUGUCUUCCCUGAUGUCAUCAGAGUAAGUUGUGUGGUUACCCCUGCUGCCUGUUCCCCUUCCUCUCUGUCUCCCUCAGGACUCUAACAGACUGCUAACUAACAGUACUAACACUGUGUAGUCUCACCAGGGGCUGCUGCUGCAGCACAGCCAACAUUGAAGGACAGGAGGGAUUGAGGCUGAGAAAGUUUCACUAUGGGCAAUUUUCUUACGUAGUGCUAUGCCUUGGAAUUAGGUUUUUGCAAAUGGACAGGGAAAUUUGUCUUGCAAUGCAUUAGAGCCCGAGGUUUGAGCUAGAUUCGAUUAUAGUUUGUGUUACUGGUACAUUAUAGUUGAUUUAGUUUGUUUUAUCUAGGUACAGGCUACUGUACGUGGAGCUGUAUUAUGGAGCCCCAGACAGUCAUAGAGCCCUUCAUAAUGACGUUCGUAUCACCAUGGCUACCAGCAGGCUUCCUAGUAUCUGCAGGGAUGAGCCUAUACCGUCGUCAUAGAGACAGCAUUACUGGCAUCCAAAUUAUUGUAUCAUUCCCAUGAGAGAAAUUUACUGCAGUACUUAGGCUCCUUCAUUUUCACAAGACUGAUUUUUUUGUAACCAUUAUGUUUUUAGAAGAAUUACCAAGUAUCAGGAAGGGUAUGGGUUACAUACAUCUGGACAUGCCAUUUGGGUUACAAGAGACGAGUCAUAAAGUAAUGUUAUUUAAUCAAAGCUCACAAUAUUGAUUUCCUAUAUGGAUGGUCUGCCUCACCGAGCUUACAGGACUCCCAGUCUGUCUGGUGGAAAUGCAUGUACAUGCGCAUGGUGUAGCAUAGAGAGAGAGAGUGUGCAUGUUGGAAAUGAACAGCAUAUUGCAUGGGCAUUCAAACCACAUGAGCGGAAAAAGGCAUUUUUAAAUGUUACAUGAUUAAAAAUGUUGGUCUCAUGCUGUGCAGCAUUAGUUCUCCUUGGCAUUACGUUAGUACAGCAGGAGUAGAUGUUAGUAGAGCUUUGGAUGCUACAAAUUUAACCAGUUCUAUUCAUUUCUUAUGCAGAAUUAACAAACAUAAUGUUCAUCUAGAUUUAUCCAGGUUGAGGCAUACGGAUGGAUCUGUGAUUUUUGCAGGAUACCUUAGUAUAAACCAUCUGACAUAUUCAGGGUCAGGCACUUGUCGAAUCACAUCGAUGAGAUUUAAAUAGCAUAGAGUUUCCCAGUGUCUGUGUUUGGAAAACAGUCAGAAUUUUGGUUGCAUUGCAUCAUGUCUGUGAUGUUUGGGGUGAAAUGCUGUGACCCGUCUUCCUUCCGGGGGCUCUUACACAACUGACCUUCAGAGCAUGAUGAUGAUGUUAUUGACUAAGUGAAUAGGGUUGCAGCUUGUCUGUGACUUCUGAUACCGUAGACCUUUGGGGAGCGGAGGGUGCAUGUCUCUCUCUGACCAGCAUGACCAAUGUGACCCUGGCACAACAUUGGGGAGGAAAUCUGCACACAAAAUGCAAACUGAUAUUGGUUGCUUUGCCUAAACAAUAUGUCUCUGCUAUGUUUGUGCCAAUGAAGUCCAUUUCUGUGUUUUAUUCCUGUGCCAUACUGUAUCUCUGAAUGUCUUUAACAUUUCAAACUUCCUGAAUAUGUUAUAUGUUGCACCUGUUGAUGUUGAUGUUGUUCUUACUGUUCUAAUACUGCUACCAUCCUGUUUGUCAUGUGGCGCUUUGCCUUCCUGGAGGCACACACCAAAACAUUUAGGCAUUAUUCAUUUGUUUGAAUAAUUAUAAAUAAGGAUUAUACUACCUGGUAAUACAGAGAAUAAUUAUUUUGUCUAUACAGAAAAACAGUAGAUUUAUAGACUGAUAUUGGUCCACUCAAAUUGACAAUGGCCUCUGUAGAGUCUUGCGUUUUGGACUGUGUCUCAGGGUCUGUUUUGUCUCUGCUCACAAAAGCACUAAUGUCUUGUUUUCAACCAAUCGCUUAUUGAUAACACGGACCACACAAGAGUACAAGUACGAGUAAGUAUUAACACUGUCUGUUCAUUUCAAUUUCAAAACAAACUGCCUGAUUUUCUUAACUGGGUAAAUGUUCUGUUCUCAUUUUAUUACAUUCCUUGUUUUACUUCCAUAAUCUUACAGUAUUUGGCUCUGCAUUUUAUAUCAGUUCCACUGGUUUCUACAUCUCCCACUUUCCUUAUACUGUAGUUAUUACAACUUCCUAGUUACAUUUUGCUUAAUUUACCACAUAACAUCUUCAUUGAUCCAGUAAAUUGUUUUCCCUUAUAAAUGCUUAAUUAGAAUUCUGGAUCUUAUUUACCAAGCUUUGAAAAUCAGACUGGAUUGCCUUUUCUCGAAUGUGUUCCAACUGCUCACUGGUUUUGUACAAAUGUUUUAUUUAUAAGUGUAUAUUUCACAAACAUUUGUACACAAGCAAGUAGAAUAAAUUCAAAAGCAAUUCGAACACAUUUUGGAAUUGAUUUCAAAUGAAAAGUAGCGCUUACAGCAUUCAGUGUAUAUCACUGUUAUAGACAAGUACUGUGUUGCUAUCUCCCUUACUGCUCAUCCUGACAGUGUUGUUGUCCUCUCUCCCAGCAGGAGGAGGAGACCCUACCUGUACAGGAAAAGAGCAAUACACAGGAGCCGGCCUGCCUACUCUCUGGAGAAGGCUGAGAGCCUCGCCGAGGGGCCCCCCUGCCCGCCACUGAAUUCCUCUAACUCUUUCAUGUCCAGGAGGGAGAGGAGUAGACGGAUGACCAUGUCUGUGUGGGAGCAGAGAACCAGUCAACUGCGCAGGCACCGGCAGAUGUCCAGCCGAGAGAUCCUCUUCAGCAGCCCCAGUGAUGAGCAGGAAGCGCCCCCUGGCUGCCCCCACCACCUCAAAGCCACAGGCACACCCACAGGCAGCCUGAAGCUGGCUGAUCCCACAGCUGACCCUACAGCCUUCACAGCUGAGCCCCCCAAGCCCAUGGACAUGCCCCUAGAGGAACCAGCCUUGUCCAUGGGUGUUCCUGAGCCCCCCUUAUCCAGCCCUUUAGCAGAGCCACCCAUACCCACUGACACGCCCCUGCCUGACCCCCCCACGUCCACAGCUGUGUUCAUACCGGAGCCUACAGAAUCUGAGCCAUGCCCCGAGGGCAAGCUUGGCAUCCCCAACCACUGCCACCAAGGCCUCAAUGGCCGCUGGAGCCCCAGGUUGAAUCGGGAGAGAAGGCAGAGAGCGGUGCGUAAGUUCCGCCCUCCUGCUAGUGACACACUGACCACUGACAUGGCAGGCAUGAGGCUCAGGAGGCCACAGGGCACAGGGCACCGUGAGGCUCAGGCUGGGGCCAGAGGUCUGGACUCGCCUCAGUCGGAGGGCAGCAGUCGCUGUGUCAGCAUGGAGAGGAAGACCCCAGAGGACCCAGUGGAGGAGGUGAGGAAAGACGGUAACGAGGGAGAAACCAGCCAGCCUUCUGAGACCAGGGAGGCUGAACACAGGUGAGGAAAAGCUCACACUGAUAUACAGCUAGUUCUGUUAGUUCAAUACAUAGUAGACUGUUUGUAUAGUAUUCUGUAGACUUUGUUUGUAAAGUGUUAAUAGUCAAUAUUCUCCUAUUUUCAAUGUAUCAGACUUCAGGGUGCCAUUAAUACAAAUCCCCAGUGAAUCCAGACUCAGAGCCUAGAUGUUGUCCCUUGUCCCUCUGCUCCUCAACAGACAGGGGGACCCUGACCAGACUGGGGGUCCUGAGCUGCAGAACAGGGAGGAGGGUCCACAGUCAGAACCACCCACCCUGCAGCCAUCUCAGGCUGCAGUACUGGAGCUACCAGAGGGACCCACAGGAGACAGUGAGACCGAUAGCAACGCCACCACUCUGAAUCAGUCCCCUCUGAGCUCCAGUAUCGCCAUCGAGGUGACCGAUGUUCAGUUGUCACUAGAGCUCACCCCCAUCACAGGUAAAAUCAUCAAGGGUGUCCUUAUUCUAUCACAUAAUUAUUAUGUACAUUCAGUAUACUCUAAUCACAUUCAAAAUAGUUCUGCUGAGAGGUGUAUGAAAACCUUGGGGGGUUGGAGAUACAGUGCAUUCUGAAAGUAUUCAGACCCCUUGACCUUUUCCACAUUUUGUUACAUUACAGCCUUAUUCUAAAAUUGCUUAAAUUGUUUUUUUCCUAAUCAAUCUACAGUGAGGGAAAAAAAGUAUUUGAUCCUGUGCUGAUUUUGUACGUUUGCCCACUGACAAAGAAAUGAUCAGUCUAUAAUUUUAAUGGAAGGUUUAUUUGAACAGUGAGAGACAAAAUAACAACAAAAAAAUCCAGAAAAACGCAUGUCAAAAAUGUUAUGAAUUGAUUUGCAUUUUAAUGAGGGAAAUAAGUAUUUGACCCCCUCUCAAUCAGAAAGAUGUCUGGCUCCCAAGUGUCUUUUAUACAGGUAACGAGCUGAGAUUAGGAGCACACUCUUAAAGGGAGUGCUCCUAAUCUCAGUCUGUAACCUGUAUAAAAGACACCUGUCCACAGAAGCAAUCAAUCAAUCAGAUUCCAAACUCUCCACCAUGGCCAAGACCAAAGAGCUCUCCAAGGAUGUCAGGGACAAGAUUGUAGACCUACACAAGGCUGGAAUGGGCUACAAGACCAUCGCCAAACAGCUUGGUGAGAAGGUGACAACAGUUGGUGCAAUUAUUCGCAAAUGGAAGAAACACAAAAUAACUGUCAAUCUACUUCGGCCUGGGGCUCCAUGCAAGUCCUCACCUCGUGGAGUUGCAAUGAUCAUGAGAACGGUGAGGAAUCAGCCCAGAACUACACGGGAGGAUCUUGUCAAUGAUCUCAAGGCAGCUGGGACCAUAGUCACCAAGAAAACAAUUGGUAACACACUACGCCGUGAAGGACUGAAAUCCUGCCGCGCCCGCAAGGUCCCCCUGCUCAAGAAAGCACAUAUACAGGCCCGUCUGAAGUUUGCCAAUGAACAUCUGAAUGAUUCAGAGGAGAACUGGGUGAAAGUGUUGUGUUCAGAUGAGACCAAAAUCGAGCUCUUUGGCAUCAACUCAACUCGCCGUGUUUGGAGGAGGAGGAAUGCUGUCUAUGACCCCAAGAACACCAUCCCCACCGUCAAACAUGGAGGUGGAAACAUUAUGCUUUGGGGGUGUUUUUCUGCUAUUGGGACAGGACAACUUCACUGCAUCAAAGGGACGAUGGACGGGGCCAUGUACUGUCAAAUCUUGGGUGAGAACCUCCUUCCCUCAGCCAGAGCAUUGAAAAUGGGUCGUGGAUGGGUAUUCCAGCAUGACAAUGACCCAAAACACACGGCCAAGGCAACAAAGGAGAGGCUCAAGAAGAAGCACAUUAAGGUCCUGGAGUGGCCUAGCCAGUCUCCAGACCUUAAUCCCAUAGAAAAUCUGUGGAGGGAGCUCAAGGUUCGAGUUGCCAAACGUCAGCCUCGAAACCUUAAUGACUUGGAGAAGAUCUGCAAAGAGGAGUGGGACAAAAUCCCUCCUGAGAUGUGUGCAAACCUGGUGGCCAACUACAAGAAACUUCUGACCUCUUUGAUUGCCAACAAGGGUUUUGCCACCAAGUACUAGGUCAUGUUUUGCAGAGGGGUCAAAUACUUAUUUCCUUCAUUAAAAUGCAAAUCAAUUUAUAACAUUUUUGACAUGCGUUUUUCUGGAUUUUUUUGUUGUUAUUCUGUCUCUCACUGUUCAAAUAAACCUACCAUUAAAAUUAUAGACUGAUCAUGUCUUUGUCAGUAGGCAAACAUACAAAAUCAGCAGGGGAUCAAAUACUGUUUUCUCUCACUGUACACACAAUACCCCACAAUGACAAAGCAAACACAGGUUUUUAGAAAGGUUUUCAAAUUUAUAAAAAAUGAAAAAAUGAAAUAUCACAUUUACAUAAGUAUUCAGACCCUUUACUCAGUACUUUGUUGAAGCACCUUUGGCAGCGAUUACAGCCUCAAGUCUUCUUGGGUAUGAUGCUGCAAGCUUGGCACACCUAUAUUUGGGGAGUUUCUCCCAUUCUUUUCUGCAGAUCCUCUCAAGUUCUGUCAGGUUGGAUGGGGAGCGUCGCUGCACAGCUAUUUUCAGGUCUCUCCAGAGAUGUUCUAUUGGGUUCAAGUCUGGGCUCUGGAAGGGCCACUCAAGGACAUUCAGAGACUUGUCCCAAAGCCACUCCUGUAUUGUCUUGGCUGUGUGCUUAGGGUCGUUGUCCUGUUAGAAGGUAAACCUUCGCCCCAGUCUGAGGUCCUGAGCGCUCUGGAGUAGGUUUUCAUCAAGGAUCUCUCUGUACUUAGCUCCGUUCAUCUUUCCCUUGAUCCUGACUAGUCUCCCAGUCCCUGCCGCUGAAAAAUAUCCCCACAGCAUGAUGUUGCCACCACCAUGCUUCACCGUAGGGAUGGUGCCAGGUUUCCUCCAGACGUGACACUUGGCAUUCAGGCCAAAGAGUUCAAUCUUAGUUUCAUCAGACCAGAGAAUCUUGUUUCUCAUGGUCUGAGAGUCCUUUAGGUGCCUUUUGGCAAACUCCAAGCGGGCUGUCAUGUCCCUUUUACUGAGGAGUGGCUUCUGUCUGGCCACUCUAGCAUAAAUUCUGAUUUGUGGAGUGCUGCAGAGAUGGUUGUCCUUCUGGAAGGUUCUCCCAUCUCCACAGAGGAACUCUGGAGCUCUGUCAGAAUGACCAUCGGGUUCUUGGUCACCUCCAUGACUAAGGCCCUUCUCCCCCAAUUGUUCAGUUUGGCUGGGUGGCCAGCUCUAGGAAGAGUCUUGGUGGUUCCAAACUUCUUCCAUUUAAAAAUGAUGGAGGUCACUGUGUUCUUUGGGACCUUCAAUGCUGCGGAAAUGUUUUGGUACCCUUCCCCAGAUCUGUACCCCGACACAAUCCUGUCUCGGAGCUCUACGGACAAUUCCUGGCUUGGUUUUUGCUCUGACAUGCACUGUCAACUGUGGGACCUUUCCAGAUCAUGUCCAAUAAUGUCCAAUCAAUUGAAUGUACCACAGGUGGACUCCAAUCAAGUUGUAGAAACAUCUCAAGGAUGAUCAAUGGAAACAGGAUGCACCUGAGCUCUAUUUCGAGUCUCAUAGCAAAGUGUCUGAAUACUUAUGUAAAUAAGGUAUUUCUGUUUUUUAUUUUUAGUACAUUUGCAAACAUUUCUAAAAACCUGUUUUUGCUUUGUCAUUAUGGAGUAUUGUGUGUAGAUUGAUGAGGAAUUUGUUUUAUUUAAACCAUUUUAGAAUAAGGCUUUAAUGUAACAAAAUGUGGAAGAAGUCAAGGGGUCUGAAUACUUUCCGAAUGCACUGUACCCCUGAUAUCACAGAAUGGUACCACAAUCAGAGCAGCACACCCACACUCUCCACCUCUUCCAGGCAACAGUAAAGACGUGGAGGCAUCCAAGCCUGAGAAGGACGAGGAGGAGGUGGCCAGCCCAGUCAAUACUGUCACACCUGACAGCAUGUUCAUCUUCAAACCUGGCAACCCGUAAGUCUCCCUCUGCUCCUCUCUGCUCCUCCUAUUACAUCAUCAUCACCAUCAUCCUUACCAUCAUCUUAAUACCAUCAUUCUCACCAUCAUCCUUACCAUCAUCUUAAUACCAUCAUUCUCACCAUCAUCCUUACCAUCAUCUUAAUACCAUCAUCCUCACCAUCAUCCUUACCAUCAUCUUAUUACCAUCAUCCUCACCAUCAUCCUUACCAUCAUCUUAAUACCAUCAUUCUCACCAUCAAACACAGGCAUGAUAGAGAUAUAGAAACAAAACACCUGUUUCAGUCCUGCUCUGACAACUGUCUCUCUGUUUCUCAAUCAGAGCGGUUGUGUCCUCUGUUCCCUCUCUAGAAUCCGCCGGGCCUGUCACUAUGUGGUGAACCUGCGUUACUUUGAGAUGUGCAUCCUGCUGGUAAUCGCUGCCAGCAGUAUCGCCCUGGCUGCAGAGGACCCCGUGUCAGCCACCUCCGACUGGAACAAAGUGAGAGCCAGUCUGGUCACUGGGCUUUACAUGGACUCAACAGAUGGCUGUUUUCCUCUCUGACCUUGAACCUCAUUAUUCUAACUGUCCUUCAUUGUGGCUAGGCCAUUGUCUUUGGUGUGUGAUUGCUUUUGUUUGGCUUUGUUUUCCUCUGCUGUACUAUCUUCUCACAGCAUAACGUGAGUGCAAAUGCACGCUCGUGACAGGGAUUGUGCCUGCGUCUGUGCCUGAUGCUGUCUCCGACAGGUAUCGCUGAUCUCACAGAGGGACAGUAAUAUUAGAGUUGUCCCUCUCUGCUCACACGGAGGAGCCAGAUAGAGGAGAGGAGGGUGUUGAGGGGUGUAGAAUCAUCACAUCACACUCCCUACCCCCGCCUCUGGUUUAGGCUCUUCAUACAACAACAAAUUAGACAGAUAGCACAAACAGUGUCGAUCUAGUACAAUCUGGAAUUAUGCAGCAUUCCUAUUGUUGAUGCCAUUGUUUUGUACUUUGUUACAGAAGUUCCUUCUAGUAAAAACAAAUAAUUGGGAAUGUGUUCCUGGGGUCUUAUAUCAGGCCCUGUACUAGCUGAGCAGCUGGAAGACUGAAAGAAAGCAUUACGUUAAUUGCUUUGUGAAGGUCUCCCAUGGUGACUUGAUGGGGGGGCUUCUCUGGAUGUUGGUGGUUGAAGCAAAUUGAGAAGUGAAUGCAAUGGGCCUUGUGACACGCUAAGAAGCUAAUCAAAGCACAUAUCCAUCAGCGGAGAAGGGCUCCACUUGAAAGCAUCAUCUUACAAUGUCUGAAAUAGAGAUAGACUUGCCCUAGGUUCAACUUAAUCAAUGUGACCAUUAAAGAGAGAAGUUGGUUUCCUAAAAGAGAAAUAUGUCCCCAGUUCAGCGGUGAAGAACAGAUGCAACACAUUAAACAAAAGCUCUCAGUCUCUCUCUGAUCUUAAGUGCUCUUUGUUCUCCUCUAAUGUAUGAGCUGAUGCUGAUGGCAAGGAAUGAAAUGUUCUUCAUCAAACCCUGGAGUCCAGUUUUGUAAUUAAUGAGUUCAUAUAUUUGUCUACUUUUUACCCCACAGGUUUUGCGUUACUUUGACUACGUGUUCACAGGUGUCUUUACCUUUGAAAUGAUAAUGAAGGUAAGUUAUGACCUAAUAGAACACAAAUACAGUAUUCUUUAUUCAAUCAGCAAGGAUCCUGUAUUAAAACAUUACCAAACAUAUUGGCAUGACAUAGGGCAUAGCCCCCUGUAGCUCAGUUGGUAGAGCAUGGCGCUUGCAACGCCAGGGUUGUGGGUUCGAUUCCCACGGGGGUCCAGUAUGAAAAAAUAAAUAAAUGAUGCACUCACUAACUGUAAGUGGCUCUGGAUAAGAGCGUCUGCUAAAUGACAUACUGUAGCAGAUUCAGUUGGAUUGGGCAGAAGGUACAUGCACAUGUUUGGCAUAAACUGUUAGUCCCAAGAAAAUGUUAUGUCGGAUAGACAGAAUGUAUAGUAUUUAGCUAAUUAACAGUGAGGCAAAUGCAAAUAUUUAGCGGAGUUCUGUUUUCAAAUAAUUUAACAAGAUGUCUAUUUGUCAGAUGAUAGACCAGGGCUUGAUUCUCCAUGACGGCUCCUAUUUCCGGGACCUGUGGAACAUCCUGGACUUUAUCGUGGUGGUCGGAGCUCUGGUGGCCUUCGCCCUCACGUGAGUCAUGUGACCUUGCAUAGGUUAUAACUUCCUGGGUAGUGUACAGUACCAGUGUAGCAUAGCACUGUUUUUCACUCCGUUUUGUGAUAUACAUGUUACUUCCACCCUGAGAUAUACAGUGGGGAAAGUAUUUAGUCAGCCACCAAUUGUGCAAGUUCUCCCACUUAAAAAGAUGAGAGAGGCCUGUAAUUUUCAUCAUAGGUACACGUCAACUAUGACAGACAAAUUGAGAGAUAAAAAAUUCCAGAAAAUCACAUUGUAGGAUUUUUUAUGUAUUUAUUUGCAAAUUAUGGUGGAAAAUAAGUAUUUGGUCUCCUACAAACAAGCAAGAUUUCUGGCUCUCACAGACCUGUAACUUCUUCUUUAAGAGGCUCCUCUGUCCUCCACUCAUUACCUGUAUUAAUGGCACCUGUUUGAACUUGUUAUCAGUAUAAAAUACACCUGUCCACAACCUCAAACAGUCACACUCCAAACUCCACUAUGGCCAAGACCAAAGAGCUGUCAAAGGACACCAGAAACAAAAUUGUAGACCUGCACCAGGCUGGGAAGACUGAAUCUGCAAUAGGUAAGCAGCUUGGUUUGAAGAAAUCAACUGUGGGAGCAAUUAUUAGGAAAUGGAAGACAUACAAGACCACUGAUAUUCUCCCUCGAUCUGGGGCUCCACGCAAGAUCUCACCCCGUGGGGUCAAAAUGAUCACAAGAACGGUGAGCAAAAAUCCCAGAACCACACGGGGGGACCUAGUGAAUGACCUGCAGAGAGUUGGGACCAAAGUAACAAAGCCUACCAUCAGUAACACACUAUGCCGCCAGGGACUCAAAUCCUGCAGUGCCAGACGUGUCCCCCUGCUUAAGCCAGUACAUGUCCAGGCCCGUCUGAAGUUUGCUAGAGUGCAUUUGGAUGAUCCAGAAGAGGAUUGGGAGAAUGUCAUAUGGUCAGAUGAAACCAAAAUAUAAAUUUUUGGUAAAAACUCAACUCGUCGUGUUUGGAGGACAAAGAAUGCUGAGUUGCAUCCAAAGAACACCAUACCUACUGUGAAGCAUGGGGGUGGAAACAUCAUGCUUUGGGGCUGUUUUUCUGCAAAGGGACCAGGACGACUGAUCCGUGUAAAGGAAAGAAUGAAUGGGGCCAUGUAUCGUGAGAUUUUGAGUGAAAACCUCCUUCCAUCAGCAAGGGCAUUGAAGAUGAAACGUGGCUGGGUCUUUCAGCAUGACAAUGAUCCCAAACACACCGCCCGGGCAACGAAGGAGUGGCUUCGUAAGAAGCAUUUCAAGGUCCUGGAGUGGCCUAGCCAGUCUCCAGAUCUCAACCUCAUAGAAAAUCUUUGGAGGGAGUUGAAAGUCCGUGUUGCCCAGCGACAGCCCCAAAACAUCACUGCUCUAGAGGAAAUCUGCAUGGAGGAAUGGGCCAAAAUACCAGCAACAGUGUGUGAAAACCUUGUGAAGACUUACAGAAAACGUUUGACCUGUGUCAUUGCCAACAAAGGGUAUAUAACAAAGUAUUGAGAAACUUUUGUUAUUGACCAAAUACUUAUUUUCCACCAUAAUUUGCAAAUAAAUUCAUUAAAAAUCCUACAAUGUGAUUUUCUGGAGAAAAAAAAUUCUCAUUUUGUCUGUCAUAGUUGACGUGUACCUAUGAUGAAAAUUACAGGCCUCUCUCAUCUUUUUAAGUGGGAGAACUUGCACAAUUGGUGGCUGACUAAAUACUUUUUUUCCCCACUGUACAUGUUCAGUAUCCAUGUUUUUCUCUCUGUCGUCCUCUGCUCCUGUGGAUUGUGUUGCUGUGGGACUGCCAGGAAUGUGCUGGGGUAAACACUUUCUUCACUUCCUUUCUUUCUGUUCUCUUCAACAGGAACCUAUGUGUCCUCUAUAGUUCAUUACAUACAGUGCCUUCAGAAAGUAUUCAUACCCCUUGACUUAUUCCACAUUUUGUUGUGUUACAGCCUGAAUUCAAAAUUGCUUUUUUUUCUCUCACCCAUCUACACACAAUAUCCCAUAAGGACAAAGUGAAAAUGUAUUGAAAAUGAAAUAGAAAAAUAUCUCAUUUACAAAAGUAUUCACACCCCUUUGCUAGGACACUCCAAAUUGAGCUCAGGUGCAUCCAAUUUCCUUUGAUCAUCCUUGAGAUGUCACUACAACUUUAGUGGAGUCCACCUGUGGCCAUUUCAAUUGUUUGGACAUGAUUUAGAAAGAAACAUACCUGUUUAUAUACACUGAGUGUACAAAACAUUAGGAACACCUGCUCUUUCCAUGACAUAGACUGACCAGGUGAAUCCAGGUGAAAGGUAUGAUCCCUUAUUGAUGUCACCUGUUAAAAUCCACUUCAAUCAGUGUAGAUGAAGGGGAGGAGACAGGUUAAAGAAGGAUUUUUAAGCCUUGAGACAAUUGAGACAUGGAUUGUGUAUGUGUGCCAUUCAGAGAGGGUGAAUGGGCAAGACAAAAUAUUUAAGUGCCUUUGAACGGGGUAUGGUAGUAGGUGACAGGCACACCGGUUUGACGGUGUCAAGACCUGCAAUGCUGCUGGGUUUUUCACGCUCAACUGUUUCCUGUGUGCAUUAAGAAUGGUCCACCACCCAAAGGACAUCCAGCCAACUUGACACAACUUUGGGAAACAUUGGAGUCAACAUGGGCUAGCAUCCCUGUGGAACGCUUUUGACACCUUGUAGUCCGUGCCCUGACGAAUUGAGGCUGUUCUGAGGGCAAAGGGGUGUGCAACUCAAUAUUAGUAAGGUGUUCCUAAUGUUUUGUACACUCAGUGUAAGGUCCCACAGUUGACACUGCAUGUCAGAGCAGAAACUAUACCAUGAAGUCCAAGGAACUGUCUGUAGAUCUCCGAGAUAGAAUUGUGAUGAGGCAUGUAUCUGGGGAAGGGGAUAAAACAAUGUCUAGAGUGUUGAACGUUUCCAAGACCACAGUGGUCUCCAUGAUUGGGAAAUUAGAAAAAUAUGGAACUACCCAGACUCUGCCUAGAGCUGGCCGUCUGACCAAACUGAGCAACCGGGCAAGAAGGACCUUGGUCAGGGAGGUUAUCAAGAACCCAAUGACCACUCUGACAGAACUACAGAGUUCCUUGGCAAAGAUGGGAGACAACAGUCCCUGCAGCACUUCACCAAUCUGGACUUUAUGUGAGACAGAGGCAGACGGAAGCCACUCCUGAGAAAAAGACACAUGACUGCACGCCUGGAGUUUGCAAAAUGGCACGUGAAAUACUCUGAGAGCAUAAGGCAAAACAUUCUGUGGUCUGAUAAGACAAAAAUUUAACUCUUUGGCCUGAAUGCAAAGCGCCAGGUACAGCUCAUCACCUGUCUAACACCAUCCCUACCGUGAAGCAUGGUGGUGUCAGCAUCAUGCUUUUCAGCAGCAGGAACUGAGAGACUGGUAAGGAUAGAGGGAACAAUGAAUGGAGCCAAAUACAGGCAAAUCCUUGAUGAGAACCCGCUUCAGAGUGCAAACGACCUUAGACUGGGGGCGAAGAUAUACGUUCCAACAGGACAAUGAUCCCAAGCAUACAGCCAAAGCAAUGCUGGAAUGGCUUCAGAACAAGAAUGUGAAAGUCCUUGAAUGGCCCAGCCAAAGCCCAGACUUGAAUCCCAUUGCAAAUCUAUAGAAAGACUUGAAGAUUGCUGUUCACUGCCACUCCACAUCUAACUUAAUAGAGCUUGAGAAAAUCUGCAAGGAAGAAUGGGGAAAAAUCCAGAUGUGCAAAGCUGAUACAGACAUAGCCAAGACGACUCAAAGAUGUAAUCGCCACCAAAGAUGCUUCUACAAAGUAUUGACUCAGGGGUGUGAAUACUUUGUUUCAUUUUCAAUAAAUUAGCAAACAUUUCUAAAAACUUGUUUUCACUUGGUCAUUAUGGAGUAUUUUGUGUAGAUGGGUGAGAAAAAUAAAUUUUGAGUUCAGGCUGUAACACAACAAAAUGUUGAAUAAGUCAAGGGGUAUGAAUACUUUAUGAAGGCACUGUGCAUAUAUCUUUCUAAUCAGACAUGUAAAACCUCUCCUGUAAUAAGUAAUAUGGUUAGUUCAAUGUUAGAGUGAGUUCAACAGGUCUUCAUUCUACGUGUGUCUACUUGUAGAAAUAAUAAAGGACGGGACAUCAAAACCAUUAAGUCUCUUCGGGUGCUGCGCGUCCUGAGGCCCCUGAAGACCAUCAAGAGACUACCGAAACUCAAGGUAACCCUUUUCGCAGAGAUGACUUCCUAUGUUAAGAGUGCCUGCUCCAGUCAACAGUCUGAGGGAUAGACUACAUGGGAGUUAUAUCAGGGUGUUCAGGGUUUAUCAAAGCUGAGGUAAUGUGUAUGUGUGGUAUGAUGGUAACAGGUGAGGGCAGAAGCCACUGUUAAACAGAUGGAGAUUACUUUACAUCCAUUUAGUCACAUCUGUUUCCACAAGAGGGUUUCCAGGAAGCAGAGAAUCAGCCAGAGAGAAGAUUGGGUGAUAAACCUGAGCGUUUGAGCGUGAAAACAUUUAGUCACAACUUGAUUUCCCAAACUUCACACAUCCAAUUUCUGCUGCCGGGAAGAGUGUCUCUGUCAAACCUGGAGGAAAUGAGUCAGACUGAUAACUGUGUGAGUGAACCAGGAUGUCAGUUAGUCAGGUGUCUCUCCCCCUCUUCAAAGGGGGUGAGACUCUAGAUCCAAACUGUUACAGACCUAUAUCCAUCCUGCCCUGCCUUUCGAAAUUAUUUGAAAGCCAAGUUAACAAACAGAUCACCGUCCAUUUCGAAUCCCACCGUACCUUCUCCGCUAUGCAAUCUGGUUUCCGAGCUGAUCAUGGGUGCACCUCAGCCACGCUAAAGGUCCUAAACGAUAUUAUAACUGCGAUCGAUAAAAGGCAGUACUUGAAGCCGUCUUCAUCGACCUGGCCAAGGUUUUCGACCCUGUCAAUCACUGCAUUCUUAUUGGCAGACUAAAUAGCCUUGGUUUCUCAAAUGACUGCCUCGCCUGGUUCACCAACUACUUCUCAGAUAGAGUUCAAUGUGUCAAAUCGGAGGGCCUGUUGUCUGGACCUCUGGCAGUCUCUAUGGGGGUGCCACAGGGUUCAAUUCUCGGGCCGACUCUAUUCUCUGUGUAUAUCAAAGAUGUCGCUCUUGCUGCUGGUGACUCUCAGAUCCACCUCUACGCAGACGACACCAUUUUGUAUACAUCUGGCCCUUCAUUGGACACUGUGUUAACAAACCUCCAAACGAGCUUCAAUGCCAUACAACACUCCUUCCAUAGCCUCCAACUGCUCUUAAACGCUAGUAAAACUAAAUGCAUGCUCUUCAAUCGAACGCUGCCCGACUAGAAUCACUACUCUCGGCGGGUCUGACUUAGAAUAUGUGGACAACUACAAAUACCUAGGUGUCUGGUUAGACCGUAAACUCUCCUUCCAGACUCACAUUAAGCAUCUCCAAUCCAAAGUUAAAUCUAGAAUCUGCUUCCUAUUUCGCAACAAAGCCUCCUUCACUCAUGCUGCCAAACAUGUCCUCGUAAAACUGACUAUCCUACCGAUCCUUGACUUCGGCGAUGUCAUUUACAAAAUAGCCUCCAACAAUCAGCAAAUUGGAUGUAGUCUAUCACAGUGCCAUCCGUUUUUGUCACCAAAGCCCCAUAUACUACACACCAUUGUGACCUGUACACUCUCGUUGGCUGGCCCUCACUACAUAUUUAUCGCCAAACCCACUGGCUCCACGUCAUCUAUAAAUCACUGCUAGGCAAAUCCCCGCCUUAUCUUAAUUCAUUAGCUCAUUGGUCACCAUAGCAACACCCACCCGUAGUAUGCGCUCCAGCAGGUAUAUCUCACUGGUCAUCCCCAAAGCCAACACCUCCUUUGGCCGCCAUUCCUUCCAGUUCUCUGCUGCUAAUGACUGGAACGAACUGCAAAAAUCUCUGAAGCUGGAGACUCUUAUCUCCCUCACUAACUUUAAGCAUCAGUUGUCAGAGCAGCUUACCAAUCACUGCACCUGUACACAGCCCAUCUGUAAUUAGCCCACCCAACUACCUCAUCCCCAUAUUGUUAUUUAUUUUGCUCAUUUGCACCCCAGUAUCUCUAUUUGCACAUCUUCUUCUGCACAUCUAUCACUUCAGUGUUAAUACUAAAUUGUAAUUAUUUUGCACUAUGGCCUAUUUAUUGCCUUACCUCCAUAACUUACUACAUUUGCACACACUGUAAAUAUAUUUUCUAUUGUGUUAUUGACUGUAUGUUUUGUUUUAUCCCAUGUGUAACUCUGUGUUGUUGUUGUUUUUAUCGCACUGCUUUGCUAUAUCUUGGCCAGGUCGCAGUUGUAAUUGAGAACUUGUUCUCAACUGGCUUACCUGGGUAAAUAAAGGUGAAAUAAAAAAAUAAAAAAUAAAAAGGUGCUCCCGGGCAAACUGCAAUCAAUAGACCUGAUUAUCCUGGGACUGGAAAGUGAAAUAAAGAUAUUCAGAAUAAUACAAUCCUCUUCCAGUCAAUCAUGUAGCAACAACAGUUUGGGAUCAUUUUGGACAAUUGUAUGCUAUUUAUACCACUUGAGUUAGAAGUCACCCUCAACAAAUCAGUAAUUACAGAUGUAGGAUCUUAAUUUGUGCCAGUUUGCUACAGCAGGAAAAUAAUCCUGCAGCAACAGGAAAUGUGAAUUAUUACGUGGAUUAUAAUUAAUGAAAAUGUUUGUAGGGGUUGAUAAAUUAUUCGUUAGAGAAAAUCACAUCUGAAAUUUCAAUGUGGAAAUUACAAACUUCAGAAGCCUUUUUAAACCUUUAAUACACUACAAGUGUUAAAUGUCCUCCUGCAACAGGGUGAUCAAAUUAAGAUCCUACAUCUGUAACUGGACGAAAGCUAAACCCCUACAAUUUUAGCAUAUCACUCACUUUCAUUGACUUUUUUUUUCAAUUGCCCUCCCUCGUGCUUCGUCCUCUGUCUGUGUGUAGGCAGUGUUUGACUGUGUGGUGACCUCGCUGAAGAACGUCUUCAACAUCCUCAUCGUCUACAAGCUCUUCAUGUUCAUCUUCGCUGUCAUCGCUGUGCAGCUGUUCAAGGGGAAGUUCUUCUACUGCACCGACGGAUCCAAAGACACAGAGAAGGACUGCCAGUAGGUGUCUGCUGAGCUGCCUGCAUAGGGCCUUACAGAACACUAACAUAGUUGAGGUGGAUGGAGACCUAUUGGAGACCUACAGUAUUGUCAUGUUUUCUACUGUUUCUUUGUCCACUGAAUGUCUAUUGUACACUGUGUGUCUGUCUCCACCUAUCAGAGGCUUCUACAUCGACUAUGAGAAAGACAAGAAGGAGGUGAAGAGGAGGGAGUGGAGGAGACAUGACUUUCACUAUGACAACGUAGUCUGGGCCCUACUCACUCUGUUCACCGUCUCCACUGGGGAGGGCUGGCCACAGUAAGUCUCACUCUUUCCAUACACACUAUUCACUAUGUCACAACUGUACGUAGGCUAGACUGAAAUAUGCUUCAGAAUGUCAGUGUAGGUGUCCAGUGCUGAGCACAGUGUGAUCUGCGUCUUUGUCCAGGGUCCUGCAGCACUCUGUGGACGUGACAGAGGAGGACAGAGGACCAAGCCAGGGCAACAGGAUGGAGAUGUCAAUCUUCUAUGUCAUCUACUUUGUGGUCUUCCCCUUCUUCUUUGUCAACAUCUUCGUGGCUCUCAUCAUCAUCACCUUCCAGGAGCAGGGAGACAAGAUGAUGGAGGAGUGCAGCUUGGAGAAGAAUGAGGUGAUGGGGUCACACACCCACACUUUACGCAGAAUCCUCAACCAAACCAAAUGGAACAUAGACAUUCCAUCUGAAAUGUAGACUUUCAAGUGAUAACAUACAACACACCAUCAGUGUAUGUGUUAGUGAUGUGGUUUGCUGGUGGAAUGUAGCACACACAUCAAAAUGACCCCGUCUGUGCUUUUAGACUUAACUUGCUCAGUCUUGACAGGUGAUUAUGCAGAGGAGCACACUGGCUUAUGGAAAACGCCUGGUAAAUAUACAGGAAUAGUGAGAGUUCCCUUCCAGACACACAAACUCUCCCAGCAGGUAUCCCUCAGCCGAUACUGACCAGAAUGUUCCCAGCAGUCCAUAUAGCAAUGUGUCAACUUCAAGGAUAAAAUAUAAGGACUUUCCCAGAGCUAGCUGCUACAUACCGUACUUAUUCCCAGGCUGUUUCCUGCUAAAUAAAAUGUUCUUCAACUUUCUUUCUUGUGUGCUUUUCCUUACAGAGGGCUUGCAUUGACUUUGCCAUAAGUGCCAAACCCCUGACCCGCUACAUGCCCCAGAACAGACAGACGUUCCAGUAUCGCCUCUGGCACUUUGUGGUCUCCCCCUCCUUUGAGUACACCGUGCUGGCCAUGAUUGCACUCAACACCAUUGUCCUGAUGAUGAAGGUGUGGAUAAUGAUCGCAUACAAACAAUACAUUAAUUUACAUCUUGUUCAUUAUCUCUAAUGUACAACCUAACCCAUACGCUGAAGUAAUCCCAUUUAUAAAGGCUAAUAGCAGUCCCUGUGGUGCAGAAGGUAUUAUGGAGCCUGUUGCUGUAGCUCAGGGGUGUCAAACAUCCAGCCGAAUGUGGCCCCCGGGGCAAAAUGAAUGUGACACCUCUGCUGUAGUUGAUUGGGUUGUGAGAUGCAUGUCCCUCUACCUUGGGCUGGGCUCUAGCUAACGGUCUGGGAUAUUUCCAUCCCUGUGAGCAUUUCAUUUAUUCCAAGAAAAAGCCUUCAGUCAGACAGAGGGAGAGAGCCAUCAGACAGAGCAUAGGAUGACUCAGCCUUUAUUAAAUAUUGAUCUAAAUCUACCUGCUUGUAUUUAACAUCAUUAACUCUGCCUGUACAACUCAGAUGAAUAAUUCAUUUUAGCCUCAGCUCAGCUCAAUGUUACGCUAUUUACGUAUCAGAGGGAAUCUGCCAUGAACCUGUGGCUAUAGUUCUACAGUUGUAUGGUGGUUGAGCAAGAUGCUGUGUGUUUGGGUUCAUUGUGUCAUUUUGGGUUAUCUGUGCAUCCAAGUAAUUUGGGGUCAUUCCAAUUGUGUUUAAUGGUGUCUCUCUCUUUCGCUCUCCUAUGUGGUGGUAGUAUUACUCAGCCCCACCAAUGUACGAGGCUGUGCUGAAACACCUGAACACAGCCUUCACUGUGCUCUUCUCUGUGGAGUGUGUCCUCAAGAUCAUGGCCUUUGGCUUUCUGGUGAGGAACGAGUUUAAACCAACAGAUGUAGGAUCUUAAUUUGAUCACUCUUUUGUUGCUGAGACUUUUCCUGCAUGGCAGGAAAUGCAAACUUGUAGUGUAUUUGAGUUUUAAAAAGGCUUCUAAAGUUUGUAAUUUCAGACUUGAUUUGCCCUAACGAAAAAUGCAUCAACCCCUACAAAAAUGUCCAUUAAUUAGAAUCCACAUGUUGCUCAGGAUUAUUUACCUAUUGUAGCAAACUGGCUCAAAUUUUGAUCCUACAUCUGUACUGCCCAUAACAUCAUGAUUUGAUACUGUGUGCAAUGCUACUAACAUCUACUGAAGAAUGGAUGUUUUCCGCUCUUUUCCAGAACUACUUUCGAGACACUUGGAAUAUAUUUGACUUCAUCACGGUUUUGGGCAGCAUCACAGAGAUAGUGGUAGACCUGCAGGUAAAAAAGCAUGACUGAAUAUCAAUAAAUGGCUGAUUGCAUUGCCAUUUCUAUACAGUGUACUGUAAAUAAACUGUAUACAUAGUGCUAGUGUUGCUCUCAUCUCCCUUUAGUCAAUUGAGACCUUCAACAUGGGUUUCCUGAAGCUGUUCCGAGCUGCUCGACUAAUCAAGCUGUUGAGGCAGGGCUACACCAUCCGCAUCCUGCUCUGGACCUUUGUCCAGUCCUUUAAGGUCAGCUCCACUCACAUUACAGUACAGCACUGGAAAGAGACACUUGAUACUGAAGCCAGGUGUGUGUGUGUUACGUCUGGUACUGUUACUGUAUCAUGACAUAGGGUUUCUCUUUCAGGCUCUCCCCUACGUCUGUCUGCUCAUUGCCAUGCUCUUCUUCAUAUAUGCAAUCAUCGGAAUGCAGGUAAGGUGUUGCUCACACCCUUGGUCUAUUCUGCCACUUUUUGGUUCGUCAUUGCAUGGUGUGAAUGUGUCGAUUCUGCAUACAGCACUGAGUCAACACAUAUCUCUAUUCAUAUACUGUCCAUACUGUCUACACACACCAUUAUAUACUGAACAACAAUAUAAACGCAACAUGCAACAAUUUCAACGAUUUUACUGAGUUACAGAUCAUAUAAGGAAAUCAGUCAACUGAAAUGUAUUCAUUAGGCCCUAAUCUAUGGAUUUCACAUGACUGGGCAGGGCCCAGCCAAUCAGAAUACGUUUUUGCCCACAAAAGGGCUUUAUUUAUUUAUUACAGACAGAAAUCCUCAGUUUCAUCAGCUGUCUGGGUGGUUGGUCUCAGACGAUCCCGCAAGUGAAGAAGCCGGAUGUGGAGGUCCUGGGCUGGCGUGGUUACAUGUGGUCUGCGGUUGUGAGGCCGGUUGGACGUACUGACAAAUUCUCUAAAACAACGUUGGAGGUGGCUUAUGGUAGAGAAACGAACAUUCAAUUGUCUGGCAACAGCUCUGGUGGACAUUCCUGCAGUCAGCAUGCCAAUUGUACGCUCCCUUAAAACAUGAGACAUCUGUCCCCAGCGCAUGGUGCACCUGUGUAAUGAUCAUGCUGUUCAGGUGGAUGGAUUAUCUUGGCAAAGGAGAAAUGUUCACUAACAGGGAUGUAAACAAAUUUGUACACAUUUGUGCGUAUGGAAAAGUUCUGGGAUCUUUUAUUUCAGCUCAUGAAACAUGGGACCAACACUUUACAUGUUGCGUUCAUAUUUUUGCUCAGUAUAUACACUGUAUAUAUAUAUAUAUAUAUAUAUAUAUAUAUAUAUAUAUAUAUACAGUACCAGUCAAAAGUUUGGACACACCUGCUCAUUCAAGGGUUUUUCUUUAUUUGUACUAUUUUCUACAUUGUAGAAUAAUAGUGAAAACAUCAAAACUAUGAAAUAACACAUAUGGAAUCAUGUAGUAACCCAAAAAGUGUUAAACAAAUCAAAAUAUAUUUUAUAAUACAAAUAUAGCCACCCUUUGCCUUGAUGACAGCUUUGCACACGCUUGGCAUUCUCUCAACCAGCUUCAUGAGGUAGUCACCUGGAAUGCAUUUCAAUUAACAGGUGUGCCUUCUUAAAAGUUAAUUUGUGGAAUUUCUUCCCUUCUUAAUGCGUUUAAGCCAAUCAGUUGUGUUGUGACAAGGUAGGGGGGGUGUACAGAAGAUAGCCCUAUUUGGUAAAAGACCUAGGCCAGCUCAAAUAAGCAAAGAGAAAUGACAGUCCAUCAUUACUUUAAGACAUGAAGCUCAGUCAAUACGGAACAUUUCAAGACCUUUGAAAGUUUCUUCAAGUGCAGUCGCAAAAAACAUCAAGCGCUAUGAUGAAACUGGCUCUCAUGAGGACCGCCACAGGAAUGGAAGACAUUUUUUACAUUUUAGUCAUUUAGCAGACGCUCUUAUCCAGAGCGACUUACAGUUAAUGAGUGCAUACAUUUUUCAUACCCACAACACUGCCGUUGCAAGCGCCAUGCUCUACCAACUGAGCUACAGGAGGCCCCCAGAGUUACCUCUACUGCAGAGAAUAAGUUCAUUGGAGUUACCAGCCUCAGAAAUUGCAGCCCAGAUAAAUGCUUCAUAGAGUUCAAGUAACAGACACAUCUCAACAUCAACUGUUCAGAGGAGACUGUGUGAAUCAGGCCUUCAUGGUCAAAUUGCUGCAAAGAAACCACUACUAAAGGACACCAAUAUGAAGAAGAGACUUGCUUGGGCCAAGAAACACGAGCAAUGGACAUUAGACCGGUAGAAUUUGUCCUUUUGUUUUGGUUGCAACCGCCGUGUCUUUGUGAGACGCGGUGUGGGUGAACAGAUUAUCUCUGCAUGUGUAUUUCCCACUGUAAAGGAAGAGGUGUUAUGGUGUGGGGGUGCUUUGCUGGUGAAACUGUCUGUGAUUUAUUUAGAAUUCAAGGCACACUUAACCAGCAUGGCUACCACAGCAUUCUGCAGCGAUACGCCAUCGCAUCUGGUUUGGGCUUAGUGGGACUAUCAUUUGUUUUUCAACAGGACAAUGACCCAACACACCUCCAGUCUGUGUAAGGGCUAUUUGACCAAGAAGGAGAGUGAUGGAGUGCUGCAUCAGAUGACCUGGCCUCCACAAUCCCCCGACCUCAACCCAAUUGAGAUGGUUUGGGAUGAGUCGGAUCGCAGAGUGAAGGAAAAGCAGCCAACAAGUGCUCAGCAUAUGUGGGAACUCCUUCAAGACUGUUGGAAAAGCAUUCCAGGUGAAGCUGGUUGAGAGAAUGCCAAAAGUGUGCAAAGCUGUCAAGGCAAAGGGUGACUAUUUGAAGAAUCUCAAAUAUAAAAUAUAGUUUGAUUUGUUUAACACUUUGUUGGUUGCUACAUGAUUCCAUAUGUGUUAUUUCAUGGUUUUGAUGUCUUCACUAUUAUUCUAGUAAAAAUUAAGAAAAAACCCUUGAAUGAGUAGGUGUGUCCAAACUUUUGACUGGUAGAGUAUAUAUAUAUAUAUUCCGGACUCUGACAUUGCUCGUUCUGAUAUUUCUGAUAUAUAUUUUUUGUGUGUGGGGGGGGAUUUGUGUGUAUUGUUUUGUAUUGUAUUACUGCACUGUUGGAGCUAGAAACAUAGGCAUAACACGUGUACACGACCCAAGAAAUGUGAUUUGAUUCAAUUUAAAUAUUCCUCAAGGUUUUUGGAAACAUCAGACUGGAUGAGGAGACUCACAUCAACCAACACAACAAUUUCAAGACCUUCUUUGGUGCUUUGAUGUUGCUAUUCAGGUACGGUAGGAUAUCCUUCAUGUGUCACACAGUGGCUAAAUGGGGCUCAGUCACUGAACAACACACUGCUGUCUGCCUGCAGGAGUGCCACGGGGGAGUCGUGGCAGGAGAUCAUGCUGUCGUGUUUAGGGGGGCAGAAGUGUGAGCCAGACCCCUUAGCUCUAACGUCAGACCAUGAGGAGCGCUGUGGAACUGAGUUUACCUACUUCUACUUUGUCUCCUUCAUCUUCUUCAGCUCAUUUCUGGUAAGAGUCCUACUCUAAGAGUCCUACUGUCCUACUCUAAGAGUCCUACUCUAGGAGACCGUCUCUUACCAGAAAUGAGAGGAAGAAGUUGAAGGAGACACUUACAUGCAUACAUAUUAACCUUCAUACACACCUAUUGUAGUUCCUUGUCUAUGACCUCCUCUAAUCACUGUUCAGAUGCUGAAUCUGUUUGUGGCUGUGAUAAUGGACAACUUUGAGUACCUAACCCGGGAUUCCUCCAUCUUGGGGCCUCAUCAUCUGGAUGAGUUUGUUCGUAUCUGGGGUGAAUAUGACCGAGCUGCUUGGUAAGUCAGAGGCCCAACAACAAAAACUAACACAUACAAAGUAGCAGCACAGCACACGUUAUACAGCAUGUCAUUAUAUGUAGGAAUUAUUUACUACUUUACAGUUAUUCUAAUGUUUCACCCAACUACUUACAGAAACCACCAUAUGGCCUUCAAGUCCAAAACAUUUCACAAUGUGAAUAGUAUUGCAUAUUUGGCUAAUUGCUGUCCGAUAUGUCCUGAUGCUCUGCUCUCCAGGUCCUUGUUAGGACAAUGGUGGCAAUCCAGCUCUAGUAAACUCCAGCAAAGCUGAAUCUCUGUGUUUAUUGUUAACUACAGAAAUGUAUGUUCUUUCCAGUGGAAGGAUUCACUAUAAGGAGAUGUACACAGUUGUACGCACUAUUUCCCCUCCCCUGGGCUUUGGAAAGAACUGCCCCUACUCCGUGGCCUGCAAGGUUUGGCUCCCCCACCACUACUCCACUAUCCCUCGCUCCCUUAACCCCCUCCUACCGUUGGGACCUUCCUCUGCCCCCUACCAUUCCUUAACCCCCUCCUACCGUUGGGACCUUCCUCUGCCCCCUACCAUUCCUUAACCCCCUCCUACCGUUGGGACCUUCCUCUGCCCCCUACCAUUCCUUAACCCCCUCCUACCGUUGGGACCUUCCUCUGCCCCCUACCAUUCCUCUCCACCAAUUUUCACUACCCCUCUAAGGCCUGCUUGCACUGCUGUAGUGGGACCGCUCUGGCUCUGCUCCAGGCAAAAGAAUGACUGGGCUAUGGCUUCAGGAUACAAAGAGACAGGUCAUCCUCUAGCAUGCAGACAAUAUCAUUAUGCACUUCAUGCUGUAGAUGCAGAGCAAUGAACUAUUGGAACAUUUAGUGUAACUAACAACUACACAAAACCAGUGUGCUGAUUCAUGUGACACUCUGUCUCUCUGUGGCUGGUUGGAUCUGGUACCUCUGAUUUAGUUGACUGGUUAUAGUAGAAUCAUGAGAAGGGUUAUAGUGGGACCUACUGUAAGUCCAUCCCUGACAGCACUCAGCAGUAACGUUGCAGGUUUAGGAUGCCAGGUAAGUGUCUGCCAGAACCACAGAGGACCCUGCUGUCAUUCUCUGGUCUUUGAUUUUAGAUUUCUUCCUCUCCCUCUUUUCUAUGCCAAGUCUGCACAGAAAGACCACAACCUGAUUUAAUCCUUUCUGUGAAAUGCCAUUGAAUAACCCUCUUUCUGAUAUCUCUUCCUUUUUUAAAUAUUAUUUUCUUCCUCCAUUCCUUGGGAAUGCCUUCCCUGCCCUUCCUUCUCCUCUUCCUCCUUGUCAUCUGCCCUGCUCCCUGCCUCCUCCCCAGCGGGCGUAUUCAUUACACUGACAUGUACGAGAUGCUGACUGACAUGUCGCCACCUCUAGGCCUCGGCAAGAAAUGUCCCUCCAAAGUGGCUUAUAAGGUAGACCAAAGACAACUAGGCAACAUUUCUACAUUAGGUCAAUGGAGAAGGCAAAGUAAAACCUUGCCCUCUGUGGCAUAUACCCAAUUCCAAAUGAAGUGUGGAAAUUGGCUGUUGUUUAUCGUAUCGUAAUGUGUCGCUUGUCGAAUUGUAAGAGAAUUCGCGAUGGUGUUUUUUGAUUGGCAGAUGACAAUACGUACAGUAAAAAUAAAUAAGCAUUGUGCUUUGGUGUUUUAUUUUUUGUAUUGAUUUGCAUCUUGGCAGAGAACUGACUGAGUAAUGUUUUGUGUGUUUAAGAGCUGUUUGUGGAAUAACUGGUCUUCAGGGUCAGUAAGAAUGCUUUGGUUUUGAAGCGGGUGCAAAAAGCUGACAUGUAUUUCAUAGAGCCACACUGUACAGUGUCAGAAUGUCAAACAAUCUUUCUCAAUCACUGUUGCUUGAUUACUUCCUCUAUCUAUACCCUUGCCCUCUGUACAAUGGCAGAAAUGAAACUACCCUCUUUGUGCAUGCUGUGUUGUGAGUCUCUUGGCUGUUGUUACAAUGUCAUUAUUAUUAGAGAAUUGUGUUAUUAUAACAUGCAUUUAUAAUCCUUAGAUUGUAAGUUUAGCUUGAACACCAUCAAGUAGUAGAGACUUGUAUACAGUAUUACUGUAAGGCAUAGAUGGUUAACUGAGCUCCUCUUGCUGGCAACAUGUUGUCUCCUGGUUAGUGAGUAAUAUUUGCUUUGCUCCCCCCUUUUUCCCUUCCAUGGACACCCUCAGAGGCUGGUGCUGAUGAACAUGCCCGUGGAUGAGGAGAUGUCUGUUCACUUCACCUCCACCCUCAUGGCCCUGAUCCGAACUGCCCUGGAGGUCAAAAUAGCCAGAGGUCAGGCGCUAAUAUGUUAAAUAACUGAACAUGAACAACUCUCUGAACUUGUUGUUCUUCUCAACUUUCUCCACACACUGUUGACCAACUGCCUCCAUGAGCACCUGCUGCAUGCUUUAUCUCCUGUUGUUGUGGUGGUGGUUCCAGGAGGGGAGGACAGGGGGCAGAUGGAUUCAGACCUACAGAAGGAGAUCAGUGUCAUCUGGCCACACCUUUCUCAGAAGACGCUAGACCUGCUCGUCCCCAUCCACAAAGGUGACAGUAAGAAUGUAUAGUACCUCUGGCAUUAGUCAAUGUAAUUGAACUAUUUACUAUAGUAGUUUUGGUUUUCAAAGAAUUCCAAAUGAGUGACAUUAUGCCAUUUGUUCUUCCAGCCAAUCAUAUGACCAUUGGGAAGAUCUACGCAGCCAUGAUGAUCAUGGACUACUACAAGCAGAGCAAAGCCAAGAAGCUCAGGCAACAGCUGGAGGAGCAGGUAUACCUCUAUGUACAGUAUGAAACCAUGGCCUCUGAAGAGUAGUCUGCAUACUCUCAUACUGUAUCUGUUUCAUCCUCAUCCCCUAUAGAAACACGCUCCCAUGUUCCAGCGUAUGGACGCAUCCUCUCUGCCUCAGGACAUCCUCUGCAGUGCCAAAGCCCUCCCCUUUAUGACCCACAGCGCUGGAUCUGCCCUGUAAAUAUGCUUUUUGACUCCUAAAGUCCCCAAGCCUGUGUGUGCGUGUGGGUACACGUACGUUAAUAGAUGUGUGUGUUCAUCCUAGAUAGGCAUGCCGGGCACCGUUGGCGUGGACGUCGAUUAAGGCAGCCCCCGCACCUCUCUGAUUCAGAGGGGUUGUGUUAAAUGCGGAAGACACGUUUCGGUUGAAUGCAUUCAGUUGUACAACUGACUAGGUAUCCCCCUUUCCCUUUCCCUCUCUGAAUGUCUGUCUGUCUUAUCUGUUCCAUCAGGACCAGAGGAGGUUUUGUGGCCUUGAGUCCCAUCUCCCCCCAGGAGAUGUUCAUGCAGCCCAUGUCCCAGGACCUGGAGGACAAAGAGGAGGACUACCACCACUAUCACCACCACCACCACCAACUCCACCACCAGCUCCACCACCAGCUCCACACUCUGGUAAGGACUAGGUCUCAGGUACUGUAACACCCCCAGAAACACACUCACUCAACGCAGUAAUCAAAUCAAAUCAAAUUAAAAGGAUAGUUCACCAAAAUAAAAAAAUGACAUGUUGAUUUCCUUAGCAGUGUAUGUAUAUUGAACAAAAAUAUAAACGCAACAUGUAAAGUGUUGGUCUCAUGUUUCUUGAGCUGAAACAAAAGAUCCCAGAAAUGUUCCAUAAUCACAAAAAGCUUAUUUCUCUCAAAUGUUGUGCACAAAUUUGUUUACAUCCCUGUUAGUGAGCAUUUCUCCUUUACCAAGAUAAUCCAUCCACCUGAUAGGUGUGGCAUAUCAAGAAGCUGAUUAAACAGCAUGAUCAUUACACAGGUGCACCUUGUGCUGGGGACAAUAAAAGGCCACUGUAAAAUGUGCAGUUUUGUCACACAAUACAAUGCCACAGAUGUCUAAAGUUUUGAGGAAGCAUGCAAUUGGCAUGCUGACUGCAGGAAUGUCCACCAGAGCUGUUGCCAGAGAAUUUAAUGUUAAUUUCUCUACCAUCAGCUGCCUCCAAUGUCGUUUUAGAGAAUUUGGCAGUACGUCCAACCAGCCUCACAACCGCAGACCAUGUGUAUGGCGUUGUGUGGGCGAGCGGUUUGCUGAUGUCAACGUUGUGAACAGAGUGCCCCAUGGUGGCGGUGGGGUUAUAGUAUGGGCAGGUAUAAGCUAAGGACAACAAACACAAUUGCAUUUUAUCUAUGGCAAUUUGAAUGCACAGAGAUACUGUGACGAGAUCCUGAGGCCCAUUGUCUUGCCAUUUAUCCGCCGCCAUCACCUCAUGUUUCAGCAUGAUAAUGCACGGCCCCAUGUCACAAGGAUCUGUACACAACUCCUGGAAGCUGAAAAUAUCCCAGUUCUUCCAUGGCCUGCACACUUACCAGCCAUGUCACCUAUUGAGCAUGUUUGGGAUGCUCUGGAUCGACGUGUACGACAGCAUGUUCCAGUUCCCGCCAAUAUCAAGCAACUUCGCACAGCCAUUGAAGAGGAGUGGGACAACAUUCCACAGGCCACAAUCAACAGCCUGAUCAACUCUAUGCGAAGGAGAUGUGUCGUGCUGCAUGAAGCAAAUGGUGGUCACACCAGAUACUGACUGGUUUUCUGAUCCAUGCCCCUACCUUUUUUAAGGUACCUGUGACCAACAGAUGCAUAUGUGUAUUCCCAGUCAUGUGGAAUCCAUAGAUUAGGGCCUAAUGAAUUGAUUUCAAUUGACUGAUUUCCUUACAUGAACUGCUAGUCAGUAAAAUCUUUGAAAUUGUUGCAUGUUGCGUUUAUAUUUUUGUUCAGUGUACAAGGUAUGACAGCAAUCUAUCCUUUGGUAUAGUUUCCCUGGCAGUGGCUCGCACUGUUUCUAAAUGCUAACAUUUUAGCAUUUGUGGCACAAAUCACAUUCAAGUCAUGGGACUGAUAUGAGUAUUUUUCUGAAUCAAUUUGAGAUACUUUCGGAUGAUUUGGACAUGAUGUGCAUAGACUGCUUACAAGGUAAGUAAACCAAUAUUUUAUUUGGUAAUUUGGGUGAACUAUGCCUUUAAAGUGUAUUCCGCACGUACACAGUUUAAACCAGGUAUAAACGGUGCCGUGAAAUGUUUACUUGCAAGCUCACUCAACAGUGCAGUACAAUACAGUGUGUCACACCAUAUGUUAUAUGUAUGUAUUACUAUGUUACACACUUAAUGGGGGAAUGAUUGUGUUAUUAGUAUUACACACUUAAUGCAUUAGACUUUUGAUGGGUAAACCUCCAGUGAGCUAUUAUGGGAUUGGGUUAAAGUCUGGUAUGCUGUGGUUGGGAUCCAGAGAGAAGGGGAGGGGAGGGGGAAAUUUAGACUGUCUGCCCCAGAAACUGCAGCGUCUGACUGGAUUAACUCUGACUCAUCCACUCCCCCACCCAUCACUGUGUCACUGUGUCCAGUCAAUUAGUUGUCUCUGGCACAGCCCAAUCAGUAUGCAGUAUCCGGACGCUAGUGGGGUGUGAUUUGUGAUUUGUGUCGAGAGGUUUGAUGUAUGGUGCCAGUGUAUUCUACUUCAUCAUCAAACUCUUGUCUGAAACAACAUUGUAAAAAGCACUGCUGCUGAUCCCUACACUCUUAGUCUUAGAUAAAAAGAGUUCCAAAAGGGUUCUUCAGCUGUUCCCAUAGGAGAACCCUUUUUGGUUCCAGGUAGAACCCUUUUUGGUUCCAUGUAGAACUCUUUUGGGUUCCAUGUACAACCCUCUGUGGAAAGGGUUCUACGUGGAACUCAAAAGGGUUCUACCUCGAACCAAAAAGGGUUCUUUAAAGGGUUCUCCUAUGGGGACAGCCGAAUAACAAUUUUUUAUCAUAACUAUUAGACCCAGCACAGAUUAGUUUCUCAUCUGUGAGUCAUACCUUACACUCAAAGCCAUUCAAACACACACCUACAUUUUAACCCAUACACACUCUAAUGAACUCUACACAGUCAAAUCCAGUUCUAUCUAGCAGUGCUGGAUUGUAGUAGCUGAUACGGCUGCCUUGCCCCCUUCUGUGUCAUUCCCAACUUCACCAUGGUAAUGUCUCACCAUGCUGUCCACUCCACACAGUGUUGUCCCUUGUUUUAGACAUUAUCACUGCGCACCCAUUUCUUUGAAAUGGUAUCAUAAUUUCAUCGCCAUAGGCUUUGAUGGACCAUGCAUAUUAAUCUUAUUUUGCAAGAUUGUUGUGAUUCUGCUGAGCUCUGGCACUGUGGGGAGUGUGACUGAGGCACACACAUGAAAGUGUGUGCCUUUCUGUAAGUGUGUGAAUGCAACAGAGACGGAGACGGGGGCUUGUCUCUAGUGGUUUAGUGUCAGACUCAGCACUCCUCUCAUGGUUUUGUGGUUUAACUGUGCUGUGCCGGUAUUUGGCACUUUUGUCAUCAUACAGCGCUGUUUGCCAUAUGGGACUCCCACCCACCUCUCUAUUCUUUGAGCAGCUGUACAGAGUUUUGUUGGAGGAUACUGCUCAUAUUUUGUGGUUAUGGUUUCUCAGCUCUUCUCAGCUCUUUGGUGAAGAGUGAGGCAUUUUGGUUUCCUAUGCCUGCAUGCCUGUGACUGGUUCUUUCCUCCGCUUCAUGACUUUCAGUUAUUCAAGCGCCAGCUUUAACCCCUUGUUGCACAUGUAGACACAGCUCCCUUCCUCCCCUCAGCCCCUCCUCUCUGCCCUGCCCCACCUGAUUGUCAGCCCCUCGUUGACAGUGGUACUCCAACCCACAGUACUUCUGAGCAAUCCGGACAGGCACCACACAAACAGGUUCACAAUGAAUAGUGAAUAAUGAAUACAUUACACUGCCAACACACAGUGCUUUGGCUGUCGUUGUGCACAGCCAGUGCUUUUACUCUGAGUUAAGAGGGUGUACGGCUAUCCAAUAUUGAUAGCUCAACUCUACAGUAUGUCAGUCAGCAAACUACACAUCUGCUUGUGACGUGUUGGUACUGUAGCCCUCUGCUGGUCCCCUGACGUCAUUGCUGCAAACUCUGUGUUUCUCUCCUCUCCUUCUUUCUCUGACUAUAUAGGUUCCAGAGCGCAAAGAGUUUAACCGCAUCCUUUGCCCUACUAACAGGCAGGAUGCCCCACUCAAGGUGCCCGGGUGGGCAGUCUCUAUCCGAGCCUCGUCUAUGCCUCAGCUGGCUGUAGACACACAGGUACCUGUUACUGAACAGCCCCUCACCUCCCCUCCUCUACCCAUGGGGACUCAGCGAGAACAGGACCCAGGCAGACAGUGUCUGUAGGGGCUUCAGAUGGAUUGAUGAACACUGGGGAAGUGCAGGGACAUAGAUACAGCAGUCAGUCAGUCAAUCAGCCAUGAAGUGAAGGAUUGGGUGUUACUAGGUUGAUACAUAUGAUUUCAGCUGUUACCUUCAAUGGUUGUUCAGUGUGGAUGACAUACUUUGAUGGUUUCUAAUCCUUGCGUGGCAAAAAUGUCUGUGUGCCAGGUUUCCCAAAACGUUGUCUUUUUAGUCCAAGGUAAUAUGCCUUGGAAGUGGCUUUGGGUCCUUGAAAAGCGCUAUGUAAAUAGCAUGUAUUAAACAUGUAAUAUGUGUAUUGGAUGAGAGAAAGUCUUCUGCUCAGAACUCAGAUUAGUACUCCACACACUUCCUACCCUCCCACAUUCUCUCAACCAAUUGUUAAUGCAUAUGUGUGUGUGUACUGUAUGUGUGUUUAUCUGUGUGUGUAGGUUGGGACAGACAGCAGCAAAUUGAUGAAACGCUCCUUCUCCACUAUUGGUGAUCAGUGCGUGAAUGGGCUGUGGCAGGAGGAGUACUCUCUGGAGAGGGUCAGUUCUGACCGUCUGUACAGACCACGACAGAGGAGCAUCAGAGGUACCUUAUACACAGUUACAGUUUACAUGGCUCCUUUUCCUUCACUCUGUUUAAAGCAGGAAUGUGUUCACUAUGCCAUCGCUUAGGGUCCAUUCACUGGUCCUGUUCCUUAGCAUUUGAAGAACUAUUGAAGAACAGUGGAAGUUCUCAGUUUCAGAAGCCCCAUGAUGAAAGCUGUGUGUUUACUAUGAUGUAUGUGCUCCUCUUCAUAGCUCCCCUCUCUCUCCCUGCCUCUCAGGCAUCAAGUCCAACCUCAGGGAACCAGUGGAUCAAGAGCGGGGGCGCUCCAAAGAGCGGCGCCACCUGCUGUCUCCCGACGUGUCCCGCUGCAACUCUGAGGAGCGUGGCCAGGACCCGUCACAGGAACGCAAGCAGGCCCGCUCCCCCAGCGAAGGACACACAAAUGUCCUCCAUAGACAGGUGGGUGUUCUUUUAACGGCCCUGACACUGUUAUUAAUCAAUUCCUGGCUUUACCUGUCAAUAAAUACCCCUACUACCACUGAAGCCUGGUUGAUGUGUGAGGUCUCUUCUCUCUGCAGGGGGACACUUCAGGCAGUCCAGGCCCAUCUAACUCUGAGUCCAGCGCCCCAUGUGGCCGGCGCCAGCUCCCCCAGACGCCAUCGCGGCCACGCCCUCACAUCUCCUACUCCCCACUGAUAUGCCGAGCCCACCCCUCCCCCCCCGAUGCCAGCGAGGGCAGAGCCUGGACUCAGGAGGCCCCCGGAGAGACGGAGGAGCCCUCGUGGAGGGAGGAAGGGGAGAGGCCAGCCCAGGUGGCAGGAGUAGGAUUGGGGGUGGGGGUGGUAGUAGGGGUGAGUGGCCCAGGGUUAGGGGUCAGUCACCCACACGCCUCCCCUCACCGGUACAUCUCGGAGCCAUACCUGCCCCUGCACGAGGAUUUCCACAGCCCAGACUCCUCAGGCCUGGAGGAGACUCUGACCUUCGAGGCGGCCAUUGCAACCAGUCUGGGUCGAGCCAACACCAUCAGCUCUGCCCCUCAGCUCAGACACAACUGGCAGGUCCCCAACGGACAUUUACAUAAACGCCUGGGUCAGGCCAGCUCUGUGGCCGCCUGCGAGCUCCUGUGUGACACCGACGACGAUGACCACUGUUAG